AAGGAAACAACAGAGCAUUGUGUAGCAGAUCAUAUUUCUGCUGUCUCAGAGUAGGACAUUUCAAUUUUUCUUUCAGGGUCCAGUGUGCUUUGAAGAUGUAACUGUUUGUUUCACGGACGAGGAGUGGGCGUUGCUGGAUCCUGACCAGAGAGCUCUGCAUAAGGACGUCAUGGAGGAGAAUCGUGGGAUCGUGGCCUCUCUUGGUAAGGCUCCCUGUGGGAUCGUCCUAUCUGCCUGGAAAUUCAAAAAAUACCUCUAUGUAACAAACCUCAUACAUUUCCACAGAGCUCAGCAGCGCCCCCUAUAACGCCUGGGAACCUAACACCCUCACAAGAAAUAGUAAAUUACAGUUUUUUCUGUCAAAAAUCUUCCUCCAGUUCUGCCUUUUUAUACCAUGAUUCGGCUGAUCUGAACUGCCCAGGCAUCUUAAAUGUCACCUUCAGAGUUGUUAGGAAAGAUAAGUAGCUUCUGUCAGGUUUUCUGUUUUUGAUUUUGCUGCUGUCAGUCUUGGGUUGACCAGAGAGACGACUGACAUUGGCGAUGGAGGGGAUGCCAUGACUGGGCCAAACAAAAUCCGUCCCAGAGAAGAGACAGGCUUAUUGAAUCUCAGGGAGCACUAGCAGUGAUAAUAAUAGUAAUAAUUUUUAUUUAUCCCCUGCCCAUCUGACUGGGUUGCCCCAUCCACUCUGGAUGGCUUCCAACACAUACAUACACAUGAAACAUUAAUAAUAACCAUCUGAUCCCAUAUAAAAAAUACAUUAACUUUAAAUGAACAACUUAUACUAGUGGCUAAAAUCGUGGAAACUUUUUAAAAGUGUGUUUCCGAGGUUUGAUGGCUCAUAACACCACUUUUUGGGGGGAGGAAAGAUAAUUUAAUGAAGAAUGCAGUGCAAUAACUUUUAUGAAGGAGUAUUUAUUAGAACAACAGUCAUAAAAAAGAAAUGUGAAACACAUGGAAAAAAGAAGAUAUACAGAAAUUUUCACCAUGUCAAUUAAUACUGACUUUGGUAACCUUUAGCUUUAAUUCCUGCCUUACAAUGCCUUCCCAUGGAGUGAAGCAAGUUUUUUAGUUCUGCAGCUGUGAAACAAAGAUGGAAUUAUUAUUAUUAUUAUUAAUAAUAAUAAUAAUAAUAAAUUUUUAUUUAUACCCUGGCCUCCCCAGCCAAGACCGGGCUCAGGGUGGCUAACAACCAGUAAUAAAAACAAGUUGAUUCAUAUACAAUUUAAAAGAUUAAGAUACAACAUUAAAACAUUAGGAUGCAGCCUCUUCACGGGAGGAGAAAGGAAAAGAAAGAGGGGGAGGGAAUCAAACUGAUUCUAAGCCAAAGGCCAGGUGGAACAACUCUGUCUUACAGGCCCUGCGGAAAGAAAUCAGAUCCUGCAGGGCCCUGGUCUCAUGAGACAGAGCAUUCCACCAGGCCGGAGCCAGUGCUGAAAAGGCCCUGGCUCUGGUUGAGGCUAAUCUAACUUCCUUAGGGCCCAGGACCUCUAGGGUGUUGCUAUAUAUGGACCUUAAGGUCCUCCGGGCUUUAAAGGUCAAAAGCAGCACCUUAAAUCUGACCCUGUACUCCACCGGGAGCCAGUGCAGCUGGAAAAGCACUGGGUGAAUAUGCUCCCAUGGCAGAGACCCCGUGAGGAGCCUCGCUGCAGCAUUCUGCACCCGCUGGAGUUACUGGGACAGCUUCAAGGGGAGCCCUGCGUAGAGCGAAUUGCAGUAGUCAAGCCUGGAGAUGACCGUCGCAUGGAUCACUGUGGCCAGGUCAGGGCGGGAGAGGUAAGGGACCAACUGCUUGAUGCGGCAAAGGUGGGAAAAUGUCGCCUUGGCUGUUGUAACCUGCGCCUCCAUGGAAAGGGAGGCGUCAAGGAUUACACCCAAACUCUUAACAGAAGGCAAUGGCAAGAGAAGGGAGUUGGUCCCUCAUCCCCUCAUUUCGCUUGGGCUAUUCCCAGGCCAUUCCAGCGGUGGAAUAAGAUUUCCCAUUCAGAACGCUUCAGUUCAGGUUCAGGUAUUUGAUUUAUGUGUUUGGGGGCAUUGACGUUCCCAUUAAUGACACUGCUGCUGCUGCUGCUGCUGCUGCACCGUGAGUGUUGGGGAAGGCCGCUCCCUCCUUAGGCUAAUUCCACCUGGCCUAGGGGCCCCACACUCACCUCUGCCACAGCCUUAAGGACACUGGUGCUGCUGCAGCAAAUGUUAAAAAUGUUUUUAUAUAUUUUAAAGUGUUUUAAAGGUGUUUUUACUUUUACUUUGUUGUACCACCAUGAACAGUGGUUUUUAUUUAUGUAUUUUUAUUUUGUUCCGUUUUAUUUUGAUUUGGGGUUGUAUAUUGAGUGGGGUGGGGACUGGUUUUGUUUGGUAUAAUUGUUUGUGGUUUGUUUUGUUUUUCUAUUUGGUAAAUGGAGGCUAGUAUGAGGCUUGGGAUUGCUACCGUGGAGGGGCGAGGGAGGUAUGGUGGUGGGGGCAGAUGUUAUAGGCGAAGGGGAUCGAGAUACGGAUAUUCUCGUACUCCUUCCAAUCUGCGCCCCAUCCUGAGGGACGAGGGUAGGGUGAGCAAGGAUUACUCACCUCCGUCACUGGUGUUGUGCAAUGCCAGGUCUAUAGGCAAUAAAACCGCCACCCUGCGAGAUUUCUUUACCUCGCAGGGGGUCGACCUGGCUUGUGUGACGGAGACCUGGGUGUGCGAAGAGGAAACUGUUACCUUACGAGAGAUGGCGCCCCCAGGUUUCUCUGUCCUCUGGCUGGGACGGGACGAUAUGGGAUUGAGGGGGCAACUCCCAUCUCUUGCGGGGGUGCAAUUAGUGCCAGCACCGGACUUCCGGGGUGGCGCCAUCAGUAAUGGCGGAUUCCUUCUGACUCGGAGGGGACUGGCUCUGUGGAAAUCGGGUCUGCACCGCUAUGGCGAAGCGGGGACCCUUCAAAAAUCACAGGCGGGUGAAGCCUGUGACCGUGGGACUCGGCGGGCACCUUUUGCGCCCCCCCAACUUGCAAAGGAGCCCGAUUACGGGUUCCGGAGCGGAGCGGGGAAGUGGCGCGGUGCUGUGAGUCAACUGCUUCUUCCGUGGAGCGAAGCCGCAUAGCCGUUACCGGAGAGCGCUGCCUUUUUCCUGGGACAAUUUGGCUGCAAAACAACGAUCUGUGAGUAGGCUAAUUUCGGAAACAAAGGAACUAAGAAAUAAUUUGGCACCGAAGCGGAGAGGCAUAAACAGGAAGUCUGCCUUCCGUUCUUUGUAAAUGGAGUAAAGCAAUGAACUUGUAAGUGGAAACCUCGAAAGACGUUGGAAAAGAAUUACAAUUCUAACAUCAAAUAAGCGAUCCCCCCCCCCCUUGAUUGCAGGGGAGGAGGGGGAAAAGGUCUGAACUGUAUUUCCCUGCAAAAAGAGAGAAAAGGAAGCUAAAAUCCACCGCUUAAAACCUGGGAAUGGGUUGCCAGUGAACAGUAAGAAUGCCGUAUUGUGAAAUGCGCUGCUGCUGAAAGUACUCUUUGACAGUUAACUCUGCAAGUGAGAUACAAGUAAGAUACAAUAUUUCUGGCUGGCUUCUCCUGGUUUUAAAGUAACUGAAAACAAUUGAGAUUGAAACUGUCGUCCUUUUUGUGAAUUGGGGGGCUAAAGGAAAAAAGGUUAAUUACUUUAAGACAAUAAUUUCUGACUGCUACUGUGUCCCCCUAGAGGAAGUUUGAAAUUGUUACAAUAGUAGCUGGGCCAGGGGAAUUUUCCACUUCAAAACAAAUUCUGAUCGUGAGACUGACCUUGGGCCUUAUCUAGAGUGUUAUGGCAGAUGGAAAGGAGAAAAUAGAUUUGUUACAGGAAAAAACAACGAGGUCUGGCAGAUUAUUUCGUAAAGACGGUGGGCUGCAGCGAAGAGCAUCGACAUCUGGUCCUUCUGGAUUACCAACAGGAGCCUCAUCGGCACAACCUAAACCCCCCUUGAUUGGAACUGGUGGAAAUGACUGGCAGAAUCCGACACCAGGGAGAAGAGUCGGUGGAAGAAGAUUGGAAGAAAUUCAAAGAUUAUCUACAGAAAUAUUGCAAAAUUAAUGAAUGUUAGAAUGAUGUUAGAAUGAGGUUAGGUGGUUUAAGCAGCAAUGCUAUAAAGGUGUAUGUAAAAAUGGACUGAUAACAGGUGAAAAUCCAAAGUUAUAGUAUAUUAAGUUAAAGGAUUAAGAGAAAAUAAAGAGGGAAAGAAAUUGCUGAAUUAACUAACUGAAUUGGAAUACAAAAAAGGGAGGUAUGAGGAGGUCAGGGAAGUAAGGAUAUGAAUGUAAGGCAUGGAAAGAUUGAUGUAUUUUUUAAGUGUUUUUUAUUCUUUUAUUCUGUAUUUUGCAUUUUUCUUGUAUUUUUACUUUUGUCUUUUGUUUUUGUCUUUUUUUGUUUUUUCUCCUUGUCUUUAUUUAUGUAAUUCUUCUUUUUGAAAUUUUAAUAAAUAUCAUUUAAAAAAAAAAGCAAUUAGUGCCAGCACCAUCCGUUAAGAGUUUGGGUGUAAUCUUCGAUACCUCCCUCUCUAUGGAGGUGCAGAUUACAGCUACAGCAAAGGCGGCAUUUUUUCAUCUCCGCCAAGCUAAGCAGUUGGCUCCUUAUCUCUCUCGCCCUGACCUAGCCACUGUGAUCCACGCGACAGUCACCUCCAGACUGGAUUAUUGUAACUUACUCUACGUGGGGCUGCCCUUGAGACUGACCCAGAAACUCCAGCGGGUGCAGAAUGCUGCGGCGAGACUCCUUAUGGGGUCUUCGCUGCGAGAUCACAUUCAUCCGGUACUAUACCAGCUGCACUGGCUCCCGGUGGAGUACAGGAUCAGGUUUAAGGUGCUGGUUUUAACCUUUAAAGCCCUAUACGGCCUAGGACCCUCGUACCUACGGGACCGCCUCUCCUGGUAUGCCCCACAGAGAAACUUACGGUCUUCAAAUAAAAACAUCUUGAAGGUCCCAGGCCACAGAGAAGUUAGGCUGGCCUCAACUAGAGCCAGGGCUUUCUCGGCUGCAGCUCCAAUCUGGUGGAACGCUCUGUCAUAAGAGACUAGGGCCCUGCGGGACCUGACAUCUUUCCGCAGGGCUUGCAAGACAGAGCUGUUCCACCAGGCCUUUGGUCAGGGCGCAGCCUGACUCCCUCCUCUGGCAAUCUGCACAGAAUUUUGCUUAACGGUUGCCAUUAAUUUGAUUUUAAUUAAUUUUUAUAAUGGAAUGUUUUUAGAAUGUGGGAUUAUUUGAUUGUUGUUAGCUGCCCUGAGCCCGGCUUCGGCUGGGGAGGGCAGGAUAUAAAUAAAUAUUAUUAUUAUUAUUAUUAUUAUUAUUAUUAUUAUUAUUAUUAUUCUGCCCACACCUUUUGCUGUCAUACAACCCCAGAUCAUCACACUGUCUGGGUGUUUCACGGUCAGUGUAAUGCAAGUAGGAUGUAAAUCUCCGAUUCUCCUCCUCGCAUAUUUCAUGCCAUCACUACCAAGCAAGGAGAUUGGGGUCUCAUCACACCAAAUAACACUGUCCCAUUGUUCCACUGUCUGGUUACCAUGGGUUUUAGCCCAGUUUAAUCUUUUCCACCUUGGCUUGAGAUAUAAUGUAAUGGAUUUAGGGGUUGCUCGUGCGUAAGUUGCCGCCACUGCUGGCGAGGUUACCUGGUUAAACCCUUUCUGACUGAACAGCCUCCAGCAUCGUGACUGUCUCAGUCGCUGGCAGAAUCCGUCAGUGGGCGUUUCUUGAACCUUUUCCAGCAUAAAAGUUGUUUGAUGCCAAGUCUCCUCCUACUCUCCCUGCGCGGAAGUCUUCUGCGCAGGGAGGGUGUGGGCAGCGGAGUACCCGUACGCUCUCCGCUGGUCUCCGGCGAGGAGUCUUGGAGCCUCCUCUCCGAUUCCCCAUCUGCCCCCUUCUCCACUGGUGUUACGCUGAUUUCCUUCCCCAGCAGAUGGGCUGCCUCUCUCCCUACUGGGGCCCUCUCCUGCAUCCCUCUGGAGCCUUCCCUCCGCCUCUAGCUCCGAUGGCAGUUCCCUGACAUAUAACAAUGGCUUUUUCCUUAGAAUUCUAGCAUUUAGACCAGUCCUUGCACUCAACUUCACCUUCCGUUGCCCCAUGUCAUCUUGUAAACACCCAGAUGAUUUUCUUCUGACAUGUGGGCACAGACUCUUCAUUCUUCGAUCAUCACUUGCUGUUGUGCACCUUUUCCUGCCUUUACCAGUCUGAUUUUGUAGUGACUGAGUCUCCUUAUGUUGUUCUUUAGUCGUUUAGUCCUGUCCGCCUCUUGGUGACCCCCUGGACCAGAGCAUGCCAGGGACUCCUGUCUUCCACUGCCUCCCGCAGUUUGGUCAAACUCAUGCUGGUAACUUCAACAACACUAUCCAACCAUCCUCUCCUCUGUCGUCCCCUUCUCCUUGUGCCCUCCAUCUUUCCCAGCAUCAGGGUCUUUUCCAGGGAGUCUUCUCUUCUCAUGAGGUGGCCAAAGUAUUGGAGCCUCAGCUUCAGGAUUUGUCCUCCCAGUGAGCACUCAAGGCCGAUUUCCUUCAGAAUGGAUAGGUUUGAUCUUCUUGCAGUGUAUGGGAGUCUCCUUAUACCUCUUCACAAAUAUAGAAAGGCCAGCUUUGGUUAAGUUUUCCUCAAUCUUUCUUCUUCUUUUUUCUUUUUAAAAAAUGAAUAUUUAUUGAAUUUUAUAACAAAUAAAAAUAUAUCAAUCAUCAUGUUAUAUACAAAUGUUCUCCCUCCCAUCCUCUGGACUUCCCUCAACUCCCCCUCUACUGAGUUAUUUGGUUUUAUUUAUUGCGUCCUGCUUUAUAUAAAAGUAAAUUCCCUUACCAUUUCUCUAAUUUGUCUGUUACUAUAAUAAAGUUUAUUCAGACCCUGCCAGUUGUUGUUUCUGAAAAUAACCUGUAAAUGGUUCCCAAACUUUUAAAAUCCUUUUUGUCCUUCUCUUGUAGUUUAUUUGUUAGCUUAGCCAAUUCUGCAUAAUUCAUCAAUUUUUCUUACCAGUGUUCUUUUGAUGGUAUUUCUUCCAUCUUCCAAUUUUGUGCAGUCAAGAUUCUUGCCGCUGUUGUUGUUGUUGUUGUUGUUUAGUCGUUUAGUCGUGUCCGCCUCUUCGUGACCCCCUGGACCAGAGCACGCCAGGCACUCCUGUCUUCCACUGCCUCCCGCAGUUUGGUCAAACUCAUGCUGGUAGCUUCGAGAACACUGUCCCACCAUCUCGUCCUCUGUCGUCCCCUUCUCCUUGUGCCCUCCAUCUUUCCCAACAUCAGGGUCUUUUCCAGGGAGUCUUCUCUUCUCAUGAGGUGGCCAAAGUCUUGGAGCCUCAGUUUCAGGAUCUGUCCUUCCAGUGAGCACUCAGGGCUGAUUUCCUUCAGAAUGGAGAGGUUGGAUCUUCUUGCAGUCCAUGGGAGUCUCCUCCAGCACCAGAAUUCAAAAGCAUCAAUUCUUCGGCGAUCAGCCUUCUUUAUGGUCCAGCUCUCACUUCCAUACAUCACUACUGGUAAAACCAGAGCUUGAACUAUACGGACCUUUGUCGGCAAGGUGAUGUCUCUGCUUUUUAAGAUGCUGUCUAGGUUUGUCAUUGCUUUUCUCCCAAGGAGCAGGCGUCUUUUAAUUUCGUGACUGCUGUCACCAUCUGCAGUGAUCAUGGAGCCCAAAAAAGUAAAAUCUCUCACUGCCUCCAUUUCUUCCCCUAUUUGCCAGGAGGUGAUGGGCCCAGUAGCCAUGAUCUUCGUUUUUUUGAUGUUGAGCUUCUUUUUUUUUAAAAAAAGAUUUUUAUUAAGGUUUCAGUAAAAAGUUAAACAGAAAAACAUAAAAAAGAAAUACACAGAUACACAGUACAUAAUCCAAAAAAAGAAGAAAAACACAGAGAACAGAAAACCAAAAAAAGAAACAGAACAAUUAAAAACAAUAUCACCUUUUCAUUUCCGUUUUUAAAUUUACUUAUUUUCUGGACCUCCUCAUACCUCCCUCUUUUGUAUUCCAGUCCAAAUUGUUUGUCCAGCAGUUUCUUUUCCACCUUUUUAAUCCCAAUCUUUAAUCUUAAUGAAAUAUAGCAUUAAAAUUUUACCUCUUAAGUACCAUAUUUCCAUUUCCUUAAACUUCUUUAAUCCUAAUCUUUAAUCUUAGUCUAUCUAUAACUUUAUCCUGUACAGCUGGAAACCACUUAUUUUCAAUCCAACAUCACUCUAACAUUCUUUAAUUUUGUAAUGUUUCUGUAGAUAAUCUUUGAAUUUCUUCCAAUCUUCCUCUACCGACUCUUCUCCCUGGUCACGGAUUCUGCCAGUCAUUUCCGCCAGUUCCAUAUAGUCCAUCAAUUUCAUCUGCCAUUCCUCCAGCGUGGGAAGUUCUUGUGUCUUCCAAUACUUUGCGAUGAGUAUUCUUGCUGCUGUUGUUGCAUACAUAAAGAAAGUUCUAUCCUUUUUUAACACCAUUUGGCCGACUAUGCCCAGGAGAAAGGCCUCUGGUUUCUUAGGGAAGGUAUAUUUGAAUACCUUUUUUAAUUCAUUAUAUAUCAUUUCCCAGAAAGCCUUAAUCUUUGGGCACGUCCACCAAAGGUGAAAAAAUGUACCUUCAGUUUCUUUACAUUUCCAACAUUUAUUAUCGGGCAAGUGAUAAAUUUUUGCAAGCUUGACUGGGGUUAUGUACCACCUGUAUAUCAUUUUCAUAAUAUUCUCUCUUAAGGCAUUACAUGCCGUAAAUUUCAUACCUGUGGUCCACAACUGUUCCCAGUCAGCAAACAUAAUGUUAUGUCCAACGUCUCGUGCCCAUUUAAUCAUAGCCGAUUUUACCGUUUCAUCCUGAGUGUUCCAUUUCAGCAGCAAGUUAUACAUACUUGACAAAUUCUUAGUUUUGGGUUCUAACAGUUCAGUUUCUAAUUUUGAUCUUUCCACCUGGAAGCCAAUUUUCUUGUCCAAUUUAAAUGCCUCCAUUAUCUGAAAAUAAUGAAGCCAGUCUCGCACUUUUUUUUUAGUUUUUCAAAACUCUGCAAUUUCAGUCUAUCUCCAUCUUGUUGUAAAAUUUCCCAAUAUUUCGGCCAUUUGACCUCCAUAUUGAGCUUUUUCAAGGCUUUCGCUUCCAUUGGUGACAGCCACCUUGGGGUUUUAUUUUCUAACAAAUCCUUAUAUCUUAUCCAAACAUUAAACAGCGCUUUCCUGACAAUGUGAUUUUUAAAUGCUUUAUGUGCUUUGACCUUAUCAUACCAUAGAUAUGCAUGCCAUCCAAAUACAUUGUUAAAACCUUCUAGGUCCAAAAUGUCAGUGUUUUCAAGAAGUAGCCAUUCUUUCAGCCAGCAAAAAGCUGCUGAUUCAUAGUAAAGUUUGAGGUCUGGCAGGGCAAAUCCACCUCUUUCCUUUGCAUCCGUUAGUAUUUUAAAUUUUAUUCUGGGCUUCUUGCCCUGCCAGACAAAUUUAGAAAUAUCUUUCUGCCACCUCUUGAAACAAUCCAUUCUGUCCACAAUUUGUAAAGUUUGAAACAAAAACAACAUUCUAGGCAUUGAUGUUGAGCUUCAGACCAUAUUUUGCGCUCUCCUCUUUCACCCUCAUUAAAAGAGUUGUUGUAGCAUACAUAAAUAAUGUAUGCUAUAAAUAAUGUCCCUUUUUCUUUUGGCAGCUCUUGAUUUGAGAUACCUAACAGAAAGGCUUCAGGAUGUUUACCAAAGCUCAUUUUAAACAUUCUUUUCAGUUCAUUAUAUAUCAUUUCCCAAUAUUUUUAAUGCAUUUGCAUUCCCACCACAUAUGAUAAAAUGUUCCUUUCUUUUCUUUACAUCUCCAGCAUCUCUUAUUUUCUUUCUUAAACAUCUUUGCCAUUUUCACUGAUGUGAUAUACCAUCUAUACAUCAUUUUCAUGUAAUUCUCUCUUAAUAAUAUACAAUCUGCAAAUUUUAUAUCAACUUUCCACAAUAUAACAUAACACACUGACAAAAGUCAAGCUAAGCAAGUGGUGCUUCCUUUUUCUGGUUAUUCCGCUAUGACUUUUGAUAGAAUACAGAUAAUUACAUUCUUCAUUAAAUUAUCUUUCCAUUGAUACAUAAUUUUGUGGUAUUACUCUAAACGAAGUCGUGUUACGAAGCAUCAAACAUCUGAAAUAUACUAUUUUCCCAAAAGGCUUCCACAAUUUUGGCCACUACUGUAUAUCAAACAAAUCAACACUCAACAACCAUCAGAAUAUAUGAAUAAAAAUGUUGGUUAAUGACAACCAACAAAGGCAAUGAACAAAGACCCAACUCCCUUCAGUUCUUCUUGAUUUGUUCCUGAGGUUCUAAUCCCUUUUUUGUCUCCAUUGCAGAUUUUGAUGAAUUGGAAAACAAGAACAAGGAUGAACAUGACAAAACCCCUGGAGAGGAGAAGCCAUGCAAAAAUUUGGAAUGUGGAGAGAGCUGCAGUCAGAACUCCCAUUCCACUUCCCAACAAAGAAUUCUCAUUGGAAAGAAACCCUAUCAGUGCAUAGAAUGUGGAAAGAGCUUCAGUCAGAACUCCAAUCUCACUAAGCAUCAGAAAAUUCAUACAGGGGAGAAACCCUAUCAGUGCGUGGAAUGUGGAAAGCGCUUUAGUCACAGCUCUGAUCUCACUAAUCAUCACAGAAUUCAUACAGGGGAGAAACCCUAUCAGUGCAUGGAAUGUGGAAAGACCUUCAGUCAGAGAGGCCAUCUCACUUCCCAUCAGAGAAUUCAUACAGGAGUGAAACCCUAUCAGUGUGUGGAAUGUGGAAAGAACUUCAGUCACAGCCACUGUCUCACUUCCCAUCAAAGAAUUCAUACAGGAGAGAAACCCUAUCAGUGUGUGGAAUGUGGAAAGAGCUUUAGUAUGAGCUACAAUCUCACUAAGCACCAGAGAAUUCAUACAGGGGAGAAACCCUAUCAGUGCGUGGAAUGUGAAAAGAGCUUCAGUACGAGUUCCCAUCUCACUUCCCAUCAGAGAAUUCAUAAGACGGAUAAACCCGAUCGGUGUGUGGAAUGUGGAAAGAGCUUCAGGCAGAAAGCUCAGCUCAUAUCCCAUCAGAGAAUUCAUACAGGGAGAAACCCUAUCAGUGCAUGGAAUGUGGAAAGAGCUUCAGUCACAGCCACAGUCUCACUUCCCAUCAAAGAAUUCAUACAGGGGAGAAACCAUAUAAUUGCUUUGAAUGUGGAAAGAGCUUUAGUAAGAGCUGUAAGCUCACUUCCCAUCAAAGAAUUCAUACAGGAGAGAAACCCUAUCAGUGUUUUGAAUGUGGAAAGAGUUUCAUCCAGAGAGCACAUCUGAAUACCCAUCAAAGAAUUCAUACAGGGGAGAAACAAUAUAAAUGCUUUGAAUGUGGAAAGAGCUUUAGUAAGAGCUGCACUCUCACUUCCCAUCAAAUAAUUCAUACAGGGGAGAAACCCUAUCAGUGUGUGGAAUGUGGAAAGAGCUUCAGUAUGAGCUCCAGUCUCACUUCCCAUCAAAGAAUUCAUACAGGGGAGAAACCCUAUCAGUGUGUGGAAUGUGGAAAGAGCUUCAGUCAGAGCUCCAAUCUCACUAGGCAUCAGAGAAUUCAUGCAACGGUUGGAAAAACCAUUAUCCAGCUUUAGGAGCCAGGCAAAUCCGCACCUUGCUAACCAGGCCUUUGCCUGAUUGACAUCUAAUGCCCUUUUAAAAUGUGGUAGUGAGGGGGGUUACAGAUGUAUAUUUUGUGUUUUUAUGUUGUCUUUUUAUAUUGUAACCAUCCUGAGACAUGUGGGAACAGGAGUCGACUUUUAGAGGCUGAGGGGAUUUUGCCCCCCAAUGAUAUAUUUGAGGGGGCCACACCCCCCAGUUGAUAGGCAUUGCCAUUCCAAUGACCUGCAUGCAUCAUAUGUUUGAUUGUGCAAGGCAGGCCUUACCUGGCCCCUUCCUCCAAUAUUUUAUUCAAGUUGGCACCACAGAGUCAGGUGGUAUACAAAUUAAAUAAUUACAUAAAUCACCUUCAUUUGCACAUGUUUCAGCUUGUCAAUAUCCUUAUUUAUUAUCAUUUUUAAUAUUUAUGUGCCCUUCAUCUGAAGAUUUCACAACAGAAACAUACAGGAUAAAAGCAUGGCUUUCUCAAAAACAAGUCAAGCCAGAGAAAUCUCUCCUCCCCUUUUUAUGGAGGGAGUUACAAACUUUGUUGGUCAGGGGACAGUUGUGGAAAUAGUGCAUCUUGAUUUCAGUAAGGCUUUUGACAAAGUCCCCCGUGAUCUUUCUGUGAGAAAGCUGGUAAAAUGUGGGCUGAACGAGAAGACUGUUAGGUGGAUUUGACUGACCAAACCCCAAGAGGACUCCUUCAUGGUUCCUCAUCAUCCUGGGGAAAAGUGACAAGAGGGGUGUUGCAGGGUUCUGUCCUGGGCCGGUUGUUGUUCAACGUCUUUAUAAAUGACUUGGAUGAAGGAACUGAGGGGAUGCUCAUCACAUUUGCGGAGGACACCAAACAGGGAGCACAGGCCAAUGUGGCAGAAGGCAGAAUCAGAUCAAGGGCAGGAAUAGUACCACUUUCUUCUGCCUUGGUCAGGCCCCACCUAGAAUACUGUGUUCAGUUCCUCGCCAGAGGAUCCAAUCCUGCAAAAAUACCAUGGUCUGGUUGGCAAAGAUCCUACUCCCUCACCAACAGAACCAGCUACCCCUUUUCAACGUGCUGUCCUUGCCUGUUCCUUAAUUCAGGAUACUGUGGCAUUUCCCGUUAUAGUGCCGCCUGCUGGCGCUCCAGCAGGAACUCAAGCCCAACACCAACCUUUUGACUUUAAGAUCUUGAAAGAGUUGCAGCAGUCAGUAAAGACCAAUGGACUCCAAGCCCCAUAUACGCAGACGCUUUUGGAAGCCACAUUAGCCCAGCUCUUGGUUCCAGAUGACAUAAAGCUUUUGGCCCAUACAGUGUUACCUCCAUCAGCGGGCGUAUUGUUUGCCCACGAAUGGGAAACUGCCCGGCGUGCAUAUGCUCCGGCUUUAUUACAACAAAUCAGAGGGAAUAAUCCAAAUAUUACCCUCGCAGACGUCCGAGACGCCAUGAUGGGGCGUGGUCCCUUUGUUCAGGCUUCAGUGCAAGCCACACUGCUGCAAAUCAUAUUGAGGGAUACCGCUCUUGCUACUAAACAAGCAAUGAGAAAAAUCCCAGAACCCAGUAUUCAAUCAAGGUGGGGUUCAAUCAGGCAAGAGGCAAGAGAAUCAUAUUCUUCCUUUAUGGACAGGCUGCUUACAGCAGUGAGUCGCCAAAUUGAAAAUCCUGAAGCCAAACAAAUAAUUAUCAAACAAUUGGCCUUUGAAAAUGCCAAUGAGGAUUGUAAGGUUGCAUUACGACCGAUAAUACACAAUCCUACACAGCAGCCAUGCUUCGCAUUUGUCAAUCUGUGGGUACAGCCUCCCACAAGGCUCAUCUGCUGGCAGCGGCACUAAAUAAAAACCAGCCUGUAGCCACCGAUAAAACAUGUUUCCAGUGUGGCAAACCAGGACACUUUAAGGCGCAAUGUAGAUCCACGCAACAGCCUAGGCGUCCUUCUACCAAAUGUCCAAUCUGCAAAAAAGGCUUUCAUUGGGCAAAUCAAUGCAGAUCGCUUCCCCAAAACCAACAGCAGGGUCAGUACACUGCCCGAAAUCAGCAAGGAUAACAGCAGGGAAACUGGCAGCCGGGCCCACCUUGGGCCCAGACAAAUCAAUAGGGGACCCCCCGGAGUCCAGGGAAACAGCACCACAGCUUCGCCUGACUCAGGACGUGGAAUUCCAUUUGCCUUUCUGCCCUUUAAAGACUCAUGUCCUCACUGAAGCAGGGUUAGACAAUCAUGCCACUUGUCUGGUAUUGCCUCUAUUAUCUGCACAAGCAGCAGGAAUUCAUGCGGUACCGAUGCUAACACACGGACCAUAUGUGAAUUUCCCUGAGAUCACGCUAUAUGCGGAUCGUCCAUGCAGAAUACAGUCAAAUACUUCAGUGGCGAAGAUUAUCAUUUUCCCCCCAUCCGAACAACUACCCCUAAUUGCAGCAGCCAUGAACAUUACAGCCUCGCACCCUUCUGUGUCUCUGACAGUGGGAGGUCGACUCAUUGAGGGAGUUCUGGACACAGGGGCGGAUGUAACAGUCGUGGCAAAAUCUGCUUGGCCAUCCAGUUGGCCCACCUGUCCAGCCACACAAGUUAUUGGUGUGGGAGGUGAAUCACAGGCACGGCGCAGUCUCCACCCAAUACUCAUCCAAAGCGAUAGCAGGGUUCAGAUCACCUUCUAUCUGUUAAUAAUGGACAUUCCAGUCUCCUUAUGGGGGCGCGAUAUUUUGGCUAUUGCAGACACCAAAUUGGAGUCAAAUUUAUUCUAAGGGCUGCCCCUGCACUUCCACGCACGGCACUGCCGUUACGAUGGACCACCACUACCCCAGUAUGGGUAGAACAGUGGCCCCUACCAAAAGAAAAAUUAGCAGCAGCGGCCCAGCUUAUUUCUGAACAAUUGACCCUUGGCCACAUUGAACCGUCCUCAUCUCCCUGGAACUCCCCAAUUUUCAUUAUAAAAAAAAAAUCAGGAAAAUGGCGUCUUCUGCAGGAUAUGAGAAAAAUUAAUCAACAAAUACAGCCAAUGGGAACUUUACAACCUGGCAUGCCAAAUUCAAAUAUGCUCCCGCGAGAAUAUCAGAAAAAUCCUUCUUGACUGCGUCUGCAUUGUUUCAAAUAUAAGUUCACUUACCCAUGUUACGGAAAUGACGGGGGCGGGCAUCUUUAUAGUUAUUGCAAUGUUACAAAUAUUAGCCCUGAAUGUAUGCUUUUGACUUGACAGCACAGGGAAGAUACCUAGCUUUAUAAAUUCCUAGAAAAUCCAUACUUUAACCGACUCUCCUCAUUCCAAUGCCAUUUUAACCCUGCAAGAAGGGUGAAUUUGGGCUCCACCUCCCUCCAUGAACCAAGAAGCAGGAAGUCACGUAGGCAGUAGGAAGAGGGCAUCUUUCCCCAAGCCGGAGAGCACAUACAUGGCCCCCCACCCAGGGAGUGACGGGGGGGGGGGGCAACAAUAGACAUCCACAGAGGCAAUUUAGCAAGUCAGGUGUUCUGAAAGCCCAUCUCCGGACAAGUCCUGAGGGCAAGGAGAUGCCAAGGGUUUCCUUGUUCUUUGGGUGAUGGGGACUUAAGAGGUGUUGGGAGCGGUGUCUGGCCCCUGCUGAACUUGUGUAUAUCUUAUAUCCCCUCCUUUGUGAUGUAGUGUGGGCCUAUUCAUGAUGCCCUGUGAAAUGUACUCUGGGUAAAAGUCAAGGUAACCCUUUGUUCUGGGUUCUUGCUCCUGUGGGGACCUGUUGGGCAACAAGAAAGAUCAAGGUCUACUGACCGCUGUUUUGCUCCAAACUACUUGGCUGGAACUUCCCGACUGGCUGGGCUGAUGAGUCGUCUCUCAACCCGGAAUAAUAAUAAUAAUAAUAAUAAUAAUAAUAAUAAUAAUUUAUUAUUUAUACCCCGCCCAUCUGGCUGGGUUUCCCCAGCCACUCUGGGUGGCUUCCAACUGAAUAUUAAAAACAGUACAGCAUCAAAUUUUCCAUAACACCCAUAAAAGUGUAUCAUAUUUAUCGCUGAGAAAUUGUACCAUACACAGCUUGCGGAUCUCAACCCCAAGAAACCCUACACAGAGUAGCUGCCUUUCCCCCAAUUUCUUAGCUAGCAAUAACGCAUAUUGAGAAGGAAGAAGAGAGAGAGAGGUAGGCAUCCUUUCGGCGAUGCUGCCCCGCUCCAGUUUGCCUCUGUCGGCCCCCGAUGCCCCUUUCCUGUGGCCCCUGAAUGGCUCUCUCCUCAUCCGUCUGUCUCGGGAGACAAUGGAGGACGGCUCAAGCGGUGGGGAGAUUGCAAGGCCUGCUGGGGCAGCUGGCUGCUGUGACGGACAGCAGAGCCAGAGCAGAGUCUGGGGGUGCAGUGCCUCACCAUUCCACCAGAGGGCCAGAGCCUCUUUCUGAUUGGCUACCCAGAGGGGGGUGGCGCCAGCACUUUUGGAGGGAAAAUAAAGAGCCGUUUCUGAGGGGAUUUGAGAUGGGAGAGAGGGAAGGUUGAGAGAAGAUGGGGACGAGGAGAGGGUGGAGGGAGGGAGGGAGAAGUGGCUCUGAUCUGAGUGGAUCAUCCGCUCUGAGGAGAAUAUCUAUGGAGCCAGAGGAAGGAGCCUCACAGCUGAGAAGGGGAGACCAUGUUGAGGGUCUGGAGAGAGUAUUCAGAUGGGAGUGAAGCUGGAGGGAGAAGCUGUGAGAAGACUUCUUCUGGGGUCUCCCCUUCCAGUCAGGAGGAGAGAGAUCUUGUAGGAAAAGGAGAUUCCCGAGUCUGUGGCAAGGGCUGAGAGGAUCCCCUGGGUCUGGCAUACAAAGGAAAAUACCUCAGGAGUGGGAUUGCUAAGAGAGAGGGGAAGCGAGGAAAAGUGGCCCCUCGCUGUGAAGGAAGCUGGGCUGUGUCAAAAGUACCUCACGGAAAGACCUCUCAUAACUAAGUGAGGGGAUGAGAGAGAAGCCACAGAAAAAGACUUAAACCUUAUACUGUAGUAUUCACAGUGGUACCUCGGGUUAAAUACUUAAUUCGUUCUGAGGGUCUGUUCUUAACCUGAAACUGUUCUUAACCUGAAGCACCACUUUAGCUAAUGGGGCCUCCCGCUGCCGCCGGAGCAUGAUUUCUGUUCUCAUCCGGUAGCAAAGUUCUUAACCUGAAGCACUAUUUCUGGGUUAGCGGAGUCUGUAACCUGAAGCGUCUGCAACCUGAGGUACCACUGUAUUCUGGAUACCUAAAGUAACAACUGAUUUUGAGAAGAAGGGGUUCGAGAAGGGAAGCAGCCGUUUAGCGUCAGAGCUCAUUAUUUUGAGUUAUUUCCGUCCAAAAAGCUCGACAACUCCUGGCCAUCCCCCCCUCUCAAAAGGGAGGUGUCCCCAAGCCCUGGACUCUCCCUCCCCCCCCCCCCCCCGCCUCCCAGGCCGGCUUCUCUCCGGCGGCAGGACGGCUCUCUCUCCCCACCCAGAGCGGCGGCGGCGUCUCUCCCGCUGCGCUCCAGCCUGGACUGCGCUGCUCCUCCGCUUCCUGGCCGAGGGACCGAGAGAGAUGCUCAGAGCCCAGCCAAGAGCCAAAGCCCCCCCCAAAGGGACCGAGGGAGAUGCUCAGAGCCCAGCCAAGAGCCAAAGCCCCCCCCAAAGGGACCGAGGGAGAUGCUCAGAGCCCAGCCAAGAGCCAAAGACCCCCCCCAAGGGACUGAGGGAGAUGCUCAGAGCCCAGCCAAGAGCCAAAGCCCCCCCCAAAGGGACCGAGGGAGAUGCUCAGAGCCCAGCCAAGAGCCAAAGGCCCCCCCAAAAGGGACCGAGGGAGAUGCUCAGAGCCCAGCCAAGAGCCAAAGGCCCCCCCCAAAAGGGACCGAGGGAGAUGCUCAGAGCCCAGCCAAGAGCCAAAGACCCCCCCCCAAGGGACCGAGGGAGAUGCUCAGAGCCCGGCCAAGAGCCCAAGGCCCCCCCAAAGGGACCGAGGGAGAUGCUCAGAGCCCAGCCAAGAGCCCAAGGCCCCCAAAGGGACCGAGGGAGAUGCUCAGAGCCCAGCCAAGAGCCAACGGCCCCCCCCAAAGGGACCGAGGGAGAUGCUCAGAGCCCAGCCAAGAGCCAAAGCCCCCCCCAAAGGGACCGAGGGAGAUGCUCAGAGCCCAGCCAAGAGCCAAAGCCCCCCCCCAAGGGACUGAGGGAGAUGCUCAGAGCCCAGCCAAGAGCCAAAGGCCCCCCCCAAAGGGACCGAGGGAGAUGCUCAGAGCCCAGCCAAGAGCCAAAGGCCCCCCCAAAAGGGACCGAGGGAGAUGCUCAGAGCCCAGCCAAGAGCCAAAGGCCCCCCCCAAAAGGGACCGAGGGAGAUGCUCAGAGCCCAGCCAAGAGCCAAAGACCCCCCCCAAGGGACCGAGGGAGAUGCUCAGAGCCCAGCCAAGAGCCAAAGGCCCCCCCCAAAGGGACCGAGGGAGAUGCUCAGAGCCCAGCCAAGAGCCAAAGGCCCCCAAAGGGUCCGAGGGAGAUGCUCAGAGCCCAGCCAACAGCCAAAGCCCCCCCCCAAAGGGACCGAGGGAGAUGCUCAGAGUCCAGCCAAGAGCCAAAGGACCCCCCCCAAGGGACCGAGGGAGAUGCUCAGAGCCCACCCAAGAGCCAAAGCCCCCAACAAAGGGACCGAGGAGAUGCUCAGAGCCCAGCCAAGAGCCAAAGGCCCCCAAAGGGACCGAGGGAGAUGCUCAGAGCCCAGCCAAGAGCCAAAGGCCCCCCCAAAGGGACCGAGGGAGAUGCUCAGAGCCCAGGGACCGAGGGAGAUGCUCAGAGCCCAGCCAAGAGCCAAAGGCCCCCGAAAAGGGACCGAGGAGAUGCUCAGAGCCCAGCCAAGAGCCAAAGCCCCCAAAGGGACCGAGGGAGAUGCUCAGAGCCCAGCCAAGAGCCAAAGGCCCCCAAAGGGACCGAGGAGAUGCUCAGAGCCCAGCCAAGAGCCAAAGGCCCCCAAAGGGACCGAGGGAGAUGCUCAGAGCCCAGCCAAGAGCCAAAGGCCCCCAAAGGGACCGAGGGAGAUGCUCAGAGCCCAGCCAAGAGCCAAAGGCCCCCAAAGGGACCGAGGAGAUGCUCAGAGCCCAGCCAAGAGCCAAAGCCCCCUCCAAAGGGACCGAGGGAGAUGCUCAGAGCCCAGCCAAGAGCCAAAGCCCCCCCCAAAAGGGACCGAGGGAGAUGCUCAGAGCCCAGCCAAGAGCCCAAGGCCCCCCCAAAAAGGGACCGAGGGAGAUGCUCAGAGCCCAGCCAAGAGCCAAAGGCCCCCCAAAAAGGGACCGAGGGAGAUGCUCAGAGCCCAGCCAAGAGCCAAAGGCCCCCCCCAAAAAAGGGACCGAGGGAGAUGCUCAGAGCCCAGCCGAGAGCCAAGGUCCCCCCCCCCGAAAAAAGCAUCACUUGCCAUAGGCGGAGCCAGGGGGACGCUGCCCCGUUAGAGCCACUUAAAACAAUAAAGAGCUGAGGUUCAGAAAGGCGAGAGAGGACUGAGCUGGGCGGACUCGGCUUUGCAAGGGUUAAAGGGAACCGAGCUGCCUUCCUAGAGAGGACAGGAAGAGGGGGCGGUCCUCCCUAGCCCUGCCACCCCUCCCCAGUCCUUUCCUGCCUCGCUGUCCCUCCUGGGAUCUGGUGAGUCUCCUCUCUCUCUGGGAUCUGGUGAGUCUCCUCUCUCUCUGGGAUCUGGUGAGUCUCCUCUCUCUCUGGGAUCUGGUGAGUCUCCUCUCUCUCUGGGAUCUGGUGAGUCUCCUCUCUCUCUCUGGGAUCUGGUGAGUCUCCUCUCUCUCUGGGAUCUGGUGAGUCUCCUCUCUCUCUGGGAUCUGGUGGGGGUCCCAGGGCUGCAGCAGGGGAGGGGGCUGGGGGGACCCCAAGUCAGGGAGGAGAGGGUCCUGCCAGGGAGGGGCCAGGUCUGCCACGCUCUCCUUCCUGCAGAUCAGAGGAUCCCAAACUCAUUUGGCCUUCCCCCCCCCUUCAGAAAAACAAUGACUCUCGCAUGAAAUCUCAUUUCUUUAAACAAAGGAGUCCCAUUGCACAGCAGAGGGCACAUGGUUUUCCAAAGCUGGACGAGAUGGACUAGGCCCCCCCCCCCUCAAAAAAACUCACGGGGAGGGAGGAAGAAAGAAAGGAAAGGUGGGAGAGAAAGGCUAGGAAUAAAGAGAGGGAUCCCAGCCCAUAGUCUGGCUGCUGCAUUGGGGACCAGUUUCCCAGUGUCUCCCAGGGCAGCUCCCCACAGAGGCCACUGCAGCAAUCCCUUCGCACCCAGAGCAGGGCAUCCCAGGACCACAUCCUCUCUCUCCCAAAGGGAUUGUUGCUGGCAAAGCAGCCGGAAAUGGGCGCUGCUACUCACUGAGCCUCCAGGGACCUGGGCAUCAAUGGCUGUGUGUGUGUUAAGCCAUCUAAGAGAAUAAUAAUGUCCAGAUACAUUCCUGGCCCUCAGAGCAAAGAAAAAGGGACCCCACCCCAGGAGUCUGUCUGGAGAGUGGCAGAGAGACCAAGUGCAAGAAAAGGAGACAGAAGCAGGGGAGUGGGGGUGGGGGGAGCAACUCCUGAGGACCCCCCGGAUGAGGACCCCCACUAGAGCCAAGUAUCCAUUUUCCACAAGACACAAAUUAUUCCCUUGUCAGUCAGUUCUGACUUCUUGCAUUUACUCGAAGGCAGGAGCAACUAGACUGAUUCACCUCAGAGAAAUCCCUUCAGUUGCCUCCACGUUUUGCAUUGCAAUCUUCCUUCUUUUUUUUUUUUUUAAAGAUAUUUAUUAAAAUUUCAACAUGAUACAAAAAUGAGCGAAAAAAGAAAAAGAAAAGCAGAUAAAAAAAGAAAAAAGAUGUAAAAAUGGAAAAAUACAGAGUACAAAAUAAAACCAGUUAAGCAAACAAAUUAGUCUUUCUAUGUCUUAUCCUUCAUUUACUUGUUUCCUCGACCUCCUCGCACCUCCCUUUUUUGUAUUCCAGUUCACAUAUUCUGUUCAGCAGUUCCCUCCCCUCUUUUGAAUAUCCUAAUCAAUAAUCAUAAAGAUAUUGUACUUUUAGAUUUUUACAUAUUACAUAGUAAACCCUUUUUCAUCUUCCCUUGUAGCAUUUCAGCUGAGAACCACUUAGUUUUUAUGGAACAUCAUUCUAACAUUCAUUAAUUUUACAAUAUUUCUGUAGAUAAUCUUUGAAUUUCUUCCAAUCUUCUUCCACCGACUCUUCUCCCUACUCUUCUCCCUGGUCUCCCUGCAAUCUUCCUUCUAGGAGGGCUAGAGUCUGCUUCCUCCUCCUCCUCUUCUCCUUCUCCUUUUUUUCCUCUUCCUCCUCCUCCUCCUCCUCCGUCUUCUUCUUCAGAAGAUAUCUCAUGGUUUGGUACAGUCCCACACUGGUUCCUAGGAAGACUCAUCCGUGCUUGCUCAAGGAACAUUUCUCUUCUUCUGACCUAAAAAUUCUGUAACUAAACAAUGUAUUUGCUUUGUAGGAUUUGCUAGCACCUCAUUAGCACAGGCAGAACUUGGCAGAAGACCAAAGGGUUCCUUCCAAUCUCUCAGAGGCUCCCUCAGAGCACAGAUGGAUGAGCAAGACUCAGCUGGCCCUGAAGCAGGAAGAGGCCAUGCCAACCAAACUGGGGGCAGUGGGGGAUUCUGGGAAAACUCUGGGCAGAAGAUCCUGGGUGAGGAGGACACCCUCCGCUCAGAGCUGCAGAGCCAGCAGUUGAGGCAGUUCUGCUGCCAGGAGGCCAAAGGACCCCGAGAGGUUUGCAGCCGACUCUACCACUUUUGCCACCAAUGGCUGAAGCCAGAAAGGCACACGAAAGCUGAGAUGCUGGACCUGGUGAUCUUGGAGCAGUUCCUGGCUGUCCUUCCUCCAGAGAUGGAGAGCUGGGUGAGGGACUGUGGAGCGGAGAGCAGUUCCCAGGCGGUGGCCCUGGCGGAAGGUUUCCUCCUGAGUCAGGCAGAGGAGAGAAAGCAGGUGAGAGAGACUUUGCUCUGGAUACUCCUAAGGGGCUCCAAACAGGAUGGAGAACAUCCCAUAAUGCUCUACUGUUGGCCCAUUCUUUUCCUGGGAAGGCAUCCAUAGAAUGAGAUCUAACACCCUUAAAGCUUCUGUCUUUGUCAUUCUCUUUCUAACAUUUCUCACCAUUCAUUCUCUGUUUUGUUUUGUGUUUUUUUUAAAUAAUUUUUAUUAAAGUUUUAAACAACAAAGAAAACACACACAAAAAGCAAUACAAAACUCAACAAUAAAAAACACACAAAACAUAACAAUUAAAAACAAACUCUCUUUUCCAUUUCCAUUUUUAGAUUACUUAUUUUCUGGACUUCCUCAUACCUCCCUCUUUUGUAUUCCAAUCCAAAUUAUUUGUCCAGCAGUUUCUUUUCCACUUUUUUAAUCCCAAUCUUUAAUUUAAUAAAAUGUUAAAAUAUAUAACUUCCACUUCUUUAAACCUAAUCCUUGAUCUUAAUAUCAUAUAACGUUAAAAUUUUCCCUUUUAAUAUCAAAUUUCCAUUUCUUUAAACAUCUUUAAUCUUGAUCUUUAAUCUUAGUCUAUCAUUGACUUUAACCUGUGCAGCUGGAAACCACUUAUUUUCAGUCCAACAUCACUUUAACAUUCCUUAAUUUUGCAAUGUUUCUGAAGAUAGUCUUUGAAUUUCUUCCAGUCUUCCUCCAUCGACUCUUCUCCCUGGUCACGGAUUCUACCAGUCAUUUCCGCCAGUUCCAUAUAGUCCAUAAGUUUCAUCUGCCAUUCCUCCAGUGUGGGAAGUUCUUGUGUCUUCCAAUACUUUGCGAUAAGUAUUCUUGCUGCUGUUGUUGCAUACAUAAAGAAAGUUCUAUCUUUUUUUACCACCAUUUGGCCAACUAUGCCCAGGAGAAAGGCCUCUGGUUUCUUAGGGAAGGUAUACUUAAAUGCCUUUUUUAAUUCAUUAUAUAUCAUUUCCCAGAAAGCCUUAAUCUUUGGGCACGUCCACCAAAGGUGAAAGAAUGUACCUUCGGUUUCUUUACAUUUCCAACAUUUAUUAUCGGGCAAAUGGUAGAUUUUUGCAAGCUUGACUGGGGUUAUGUACCACCUGUAUAUCAUUUUCAUAAUAUUCUCUCUUAAGGCAUUACAUGCCGUAAAUUUCAUACCUGUGGUCCACAACUGUUCCCAGUCAGCAAACAUAAUAUUAUGUCCAAUAUCUUGUGCCCAUUUAAUCAUAGCCGAUUUUACCGUUUCAUCCUGAGUAUUCCACUUCAGCAGCAAGUUGUACAUUCUUGACAAAUUCUUAGUUUUGGGUUCUAACAGUUCUGUUUCUAAUUUUGAUCUUUCCACCUGGAAGCCAAUUUUCCUGUCCAAUUUAAAUAACUCCAUUAUCUGAUAAUAAUGAAGCCAGUCUCGCACUUUGUUUUUUAGUUUUUCAAAACUCUGCAAUUUCAGUCUAUCUCCGUCUUGUUCCAAAAUUUCCCAAUAUUUCGGCCAUUUGACCUCCAUAUUGACCUUUUUCAAGGCUUUCGCUUCCAUUGGUGACAGCCACCUUGGGGUUUUGUUUUCUAACAAAUCCUUAUAUCUUAACCAAACAUUAAAUAGCGCUUUCCUGACAAUGUGGUUUCUAAACGCUUUAUGUGCUUUGACCUUAUCAUACCAUAAAUAUGCAUGCCAUCCAAAUACAUUAUUGAAACCUUCCAAGUCCAAAAUGUCAGUGUUUUCAAGAAGUAGCCAUUCUUUCAACCAGCAAAAAGCUGCUGAUUCAUAGUAAAGUUUCAGGUCUGGCAGGGCAAAUCCACCUCUUUCCUUUGCAUCCGUUAAAAUUUUAAAUUUUAUUCUGGGCUUCUUGCCCUGCCAGACAAAUUUAGAAAUAUCUUUCUGCCACCUCUUGAAACAAUCCAUUUUGUCCACAAUCUGCAAAGUUUGGAACAAAAACAACAUUCUAGGCAAUACAUUCAUUUUUAUCGCAGCAAUACGGCCCAGCAGUGAAAGCUUCAAAUUUGACGAAGUAUCUAAAUCUUUUUUCACUUCAGACCAGCAUUUUUCAUAAUUAUCUUUAAAUAAAUUCCCAUUUUUUGCUGUCAUGUUAAUCCCCAAAUAUUUAACUUUCUUAACCACUGUUAAACCUGUCUCAUUCUGAAACCUCUCUCUUUCAAUCGGUGUUAAAUUUUUCUCUAAAACCUUGGUUUUUAACUUAUUCAAUUUAAAUCCUGCCACUUGACCAAAUUCUUGAAUCAGUUCUAAAACCCUUUUAGUACUAGAUUCUGGCUCCUGUAACGUCAAUACUAAGUCAUCUGCAAAUGCUCUCAACUUGUACUGUUUAGUUCCGACCUGUAUACCCUUAACCAACCGGUCCCUUCUGAUCAUAUUCAACAAAACCUCCAGGACUGAAAUAAAAAGUAGUGGGGAAAUUGGGCAACCUUGUCGUGUCCCUUUUUCAAUUUUAAGUUCUUCCGUCACAACAUUAUUUACAAUUAAUUUAGCCUUUUGUUCUGAAUAAAUUGCACUUAUACCAUUCUCAAAACCUUGGCCUACCCCCAUACCCUGUAGAUUCUUCUUCAUAAAAUUCCAAGAAAUGUUGUCAAAGGCUUUCUCCGCGUCUACAAAUAUCAACACUGCUUUAGUGUUUAUAUUCACUUCUAAUUUUUCCAAAAUAUCAAUUAUAUUCCUCAAAUUGUCAGACAAAUGUCUUCCUGGGAGAAAGCCCGCUUGGUCUUUAUGAAUCUCUUCCAUCAGCACUUUUUUAAAUCUCUUCGCCAAAAUAUCUGCAAAAAUUUUGUAAUCCACAUUUAGUAAUGAUAUAGGGCGGUAGUUCUUAAGUUGUGUCUUUUCUGUCUCUGUUUUUGGUACAAGUGUAAUAUACGCUUCUUUCCACGACUCUGGUGCUCUCUUCCCCUCCAUUAUUUCAUUGCAGACCUCUUUCAAUGGUUGAAUUAACCAUUCUUUUAAAGAUCUGUAGUAUCUUGAGGUUAAACCAUCUGGUCCUGGAGAUUUACCCAGUUGCAUAUUUUGAAUGGCACCUUCUAUUUCCUGUUCAGUUAUUUUAUAGUUCAAAAUUAAUUUAUUUUCUUGAGAUAUUUUUUGUAGUCCAUUUGUUUUCAAAAAUUGGUCUAAAUCUGUUUCUUUCACUGGCCCUUGAGUAUAUAGUCUUUUAAAAUACUUCUGGAAACAACUUCUAAUCUCCGCAGGGUUCUGUAUAUUCCUUCCUUCCACUUCUAAAUUCGUAAUCGUAUUUAGUUUUUGUCUCUUUUUCAUUUGCCAUGCCAACAAUUUGCCACAUUUAUUGGCCGAUUCAAAUGUCUUUUGUCUCAUUUGUUUAAUUUUCCAUUCUAUUUCCUGAUUCAUUAUUUUCAUAUAUUGUACUUGAUAUAACUUUAACUCUCUCAGAAUCUCUUGAGAUUUGGGAUUUACUCUCAGUCUUUUUUCACAUUCAUUUAUUUUGUUCAUAAUUUUAUCCUUCUUCUCAUUUUGAGUUCUUUUCUUUAUCGCAUUCUGUUGUAUUAAGAACCCUCUCAUAACCGCUUUACUUGCAUCCCAGAUUACUCUUUUCUCCACGUUGGAACUAAGAUUUAUCUCGAAGUAAUCUCUCAGAGUUUUUUGGGCCUUCUUAAGAAAUUCUUCAUCUCUAAAUAAGGUGUCAUUCAUCUUCCAUCUGAAGGAGCCAGUUGGUGUUAGUCUCAUUUCCAUCUUAACAGCAUUGUGGUCGGAGCAAAUUUUCGGGCAGAUUUCCACCUUUCUUGUCUUUGGUGCCAUUCCUCUAGUUAUCCAAAUUUGGUCAAUUCUUGUCCAAGUCAUUUUGGCUUCAGAAAAGAAAGUUCCCUCUUUAGCCAAGGGGUUUCUAAUUCUCCAAAUGUCCACUAAAUCCAAGUUGUCUGUCAUAUCAAAAAAGGUUUUCGGUAGUCUACCAUCCUUGGUGACUACCUGUCUUUGUGCCUUGUCCAUAUAGGUAGAUACCACUCCAUUCAUAUCUCCCAUCAGAAUCAUGUUGUAAUCCAUAUGGUCCAUCAGGGUCUCAUGCAACUUCUUAAAAAAAUCAGAUUUCCCGUCAUUUGGUGCGUAAACUCCUACAAUCAAAAAUUUUUCUCCUUGUGUUUGAAUUUCAAUUGCCACAAAUCUUCCUUGGUCAUCUUUAAAAACAAAUUUUGGUGAUAAAUUGUCUUUUGCGUAGAUCACAACCCCUCUCUUUUUAACUUUAUCCGACGAAAUAAAUUCCUGACCAAGUCUUUUAUUUAUCAACAAUUUCCUGUGUAAUCUUGUUAUAUGUGUUUCUUGUAAACAAAUUAGAUCCAAUUGUUCCUUUUUUAAUAUAUGAAAUACUGACUUCCUUUUCUGAGGGGAUUCAAACCCCGACAGUUCCAUGUUAAAAGUUGCAGGGCCAUGAUGUUAUUGUUUUAGUUCUCCUCCUACUGCACCUAGUGCCUGUUCCUCAUCCGUCGGUGGUAUCCCUUCUUUCAAACGGUCUUUUGGUUCCGGAAAUAGUUCUUUUUGUAGGUCUUCUCCGUGGUCUCUGCAAAAUUUGUCUUUGUCGUCUUCCGAUCUUAUUUUCCUCUUCUUUCCUUUGUAGCUAAAAGACAGGCCUUGAGGGAGUUCCCACCUAAAGUUGAUAUUGUUCCUUCUCAGCAGGAUAACCAAGUCUUUGUAUUUUGAUCUGAGAUCCAGAAGAUAUUUCGGAAUAUCUUUGAAUAUUUCCACCCUUGUCCGAUGGAUUUCCAGUGUCUUCUUGAAAUGUAGGCCCAAAAUCUUAUCCCUCUCUUCUUUUGUUCGAAAAGUAAUCAGACAGUCUCUCACCUUCUUCUCUCCUCUUCUCCCAAGUCUGAAAGCAUUUACUAUUCUGAAACUGUCUUUUGCCAGUUCUGGAUCCCAAAAGUCCAAAAAUUCCUGCGUGAGAAAUUCAGCUAGAUUGUCCUUUUCCACCUCAGGUACCGAUCUGACCCGCAAAUUCACUUGCUUUUCCUUCAAAUCUAUCAUAGACAGGGUUAAUUUAUGGUCUUCCAGUUGUUUAUGCAGUGUUGGUAAUUCCUCUUGAACCUCUUUAACUUCAGUAGCAGAAGUUGUAGCAAUUUCUUUAGCCUCCUCAGCAAUCUGGCGUGUUGAGGCCGAUUCCUCUAAUAAUUUCUGAAUAGUCUCUGUGUUAGUAUUUACUUUCUGGCCCAAAUUAUUUAUACUUGCAGUAUUUUGAUCAAUCUUGUCACAUGCCUCUGCUACUUGUUGGCUUAUUCGAUUUAAAGAUUCAUUAACUUUGGCCAAAACUUGAGCAAAGGCGUCAUCACUUGUCGUACUUUUUACCUUUAAUUGUGCCGAUGAGGCUGUUGUUGAGGUUCCAGAGGCGCCUGAGGCCGAAGAUCUCCUUUGUAAUCCUUCUUCUGUGCGAAUAGUCCUCCCCAACCUUGUAGUCGAUGCAUCCGCUUUCUCUUUACCAUCUGCCAUUCCUUAGAUAAUGCUCAAGGUCAGUCACAUAGUUGAAAUUAAACAGUGGAAAUUUCCAGCCAAGCAGUGUGAGAAUUCCUCAAGCCCGCUACAGUUUCAAUUAUAACAAGUUGUAACAGUUCCAAAUUCCACUAGGGGGACACUGUAACAGUCAUAAAAGUUCUUGGAUACUUUAGUUUCUUUUUUAAGCCCCUCUAGUUUAUUCAGGAAGAAAACAGUCUAUUCACAGUUUUUAACUUAGGACCAGGAGAUAUAUAUUCACAUAAUUUGUCCAAACUUUUAUUUCCUGUGCAGGACUAGCUAUCAAAAUAUAUUAUAAGACAGUACCUCUCUUUCUUUCCUAAGUUUCCUCUGGAGAUCCUUUCCCAGGGAAUUGAAUGAUGGUUUAAUCCCUUCUUUUCCACUUCUUUAUGAAGAAAUCACAUCCACAAUUUCCCCCCUUUUUCCCUCAGUUUAAGUAGGGAAAAAUCCAGGUUAGAUAGUUGGAUUAAAGUCCACUAUACGUGCUUUUCCAAUGCUUCCGCUUUCAAGUUCAAUGCUUUAUUUUAUCUACAAGGAAAGAGGCAGACUUCCUUUUAUAAUUGAUAUUUAUUAAGUUUUCAAAAAGUAACAACAAAAAAUUCCAAAAAAGUUUGAAAACACAAAAAAAAAACAAAAAACAAAAAUAAUACAGAAAUAGUAAAGAAGAAAAAAAAACCCAGCCGCAAAAAAGAAAAAAAAGAGAAACAGAAAAAACAGAAAUAUAAAAUCCUUUACGAUCUCCAUUAACUUCCUUUCUAGACUUCCUCCUCCUCCCCUCUUUUGUUUCUUAAUUUUUAAUUUUUACAGCAAAUCCUUUCUGUUUUUUCAUAACAAUCUGUCAUUACGUUUCCUUAUUCUAUUUUCCCUCUUGUCAUAUAAAAACUUUAAAACUCAUAGCUUAUAUUCAAUAUUUACCAAAUUCUUGCAUCAUUGACCUUUUUACGAAUCAUUUACCAAUCCUUACUUAAGCCAUGUAAUUUCAUUCAAACAUCCUUCAAACAUUUGUAAGCAUUCCCAGUAUUAAAAAAGAAAAAAGAAAAAUUAAUAAGUCAAAUUCAGUCCAGUCAGCUUCCAACCUCCCCUCCCCUGGACCCGGGAUUGUCAGUCCUUUUAACCUCCCUUAACCUGGUUGUCUCGUAUCCGAGGCCCUCAAGUCUCUUUCUUGCCCCUUUCGCCACUCUUGUUGAUGAUUCCUUUCCAGUCGUGGAUGCUCCAGCAAGAAAAUGCUUUUGACCCUUUGCAGCGAGUCCAUCCCAAACCCAUUGCCCAAGCCAGACAGCAAAUAAUACCACUUCAAAUUUCCACAAAGCUUGGAGACUUUGGCUACUCCAAUCCUCUGAUAGCCCAUCACCAGACUCGGAAGGUCCAAAUAACCAUAUGGAGGGGGGUCAAUCCAUCCCCCCAUUUCCAAAUCUGACCGCAUUUCAUCUUUCCGAAUCUGGUUUGUCCCAAGUUCAUUUAUCAAGUUCAAAGGCUGAUCUUGCCCGUCCAUAGGUCCCUCCAUCUCUGAAGCCUCCAUCACUACAGCAGGUUCAUAUGCUUGUAUAGCCUUUAACUGAAUUUCAUUUGUUUGCUGCUGUGCUCUGGUAACUUCCAUCCUCAAGGUCGUCUCCUGACGCAUCUGGUCCAGCUGGGCACUUAGUUUUGAAAAACCUUCCAGGAACAAUUGUUCAAGCCUUUGUACUAGCAUUGUCCUUCAAGGUCAAAGAAAAUUCUUUCCCACGAGAGUAGUCCAAUAGUCCUUCUCUUUUAAUCUCUCUGCGUUGCAAUUUCACUAAAUUCCACUAGCUGGAAUUUUUAUUAUUUUUAAAGGAAUAAAAGCAACAGCAACAAUCUUUCUUUUUCCAGAAACACUUUAUCCAAAAUCCCCCUUCCAAAUUCAAGAGGCAACAGUAGAAUCAAAAUGUUACCCUUCUUUUAACUAACUGUCAAACUGGAUAAACUUCAGAACGUCAAUUCUGACAGCCCGCUCCUGGUUCAGGGCGGUGGAAAAUUGCUUUAUUUUCAACUCACUUCUGCAGGAUUGAAAAGUCCAAAUACAACCCCCUUUUUCUCCUGCUGUCAAAGGGGGGGUUCAGAAAUCUUAGAUGUUGAAUUCUAGUUCUCUUAAAAUUUAAUUUUCAGGCUUUAGUAUAUUUUGUCUUUGCUUUCUUCACAUAACAAAAGAACGGAAGGCGACUUCCUGUUUAGACCUUCCCAUUCCGGGACCCGAUUAAGUUCAAUUUCGAGUCCAAUAUUAUUUGUUUAUUCACCAGUCUUAAAAGUGGUUCAGCUCUUCUAAGAUCAGGUACUCACGGAUAGAUGUUUUAGGUGCCAAAUUGUCCAGGAAAAAGGCAGCGCUCUCCGGUAACGGCAGUGCGGCUUUGCUGCACGGAGGAAGCAGACGACUCACAGCACCACGCACCUCCCACUCCGGAGCCCGGUAACGGGCUCCUGGACACGGGGAGAGAGCGCUCUCGGUGCCCGCCGAGUCCCACGUCCACAGGCUUCUUCCGCCUGUGGUUUUUGCGGGUCCCCGCUGCGCCGUAGCGGCAGGACCCAAGCCUCCGUGCAGCGGGUUCCCUUCAGUCCGAAGGGAAUUCCGCCAUUUUCCGGAGGCGCCACCCCGGAAGUCCGAGGCAGACUUCCUUUUAUACCUCUUUCCGUUUUCGGCCAAAUUGCAAUUUGUACAGUUCCAAUUAGAUUAUAUCCUACUGACGGAUCGUUGGUUUUCAAGUCCGAAUUUCAAGGAAAAAAGGCAGCGCUCUCCGGUCAACAGCUUGCGGCUUCACACCACGAACGAGCAGACAGCCCACAGCACAGCGCUCUCCCCCGCUCCGAUUCCGAGCCCGUUGCCGGGCUUUUUACCGGGUUGGGGGGGCGCCGAAUGUGCCCGCUGGGUCCCAGGUUCACAGGCUUCCCCCGCCUGUGAUUUUUGAGGGUCCCCCGCUACGCCGAAGCGGGAUCCGACCCCUCUUUUCGUGGCGCUGAUUUCCUCUAGUCGAGGAAAUCCGCCAUCGACCGCUGGCGCCGCCUCCGGAAGUCCAUUCAUUCUCUGUUUUGAAUCCUUGUUGCUCUUUCAGAAAAGGGAUCGUUUUGCAGAAAUGGACCUGGAUUCCUGUGAGGCAGAGAGGCCUCCGUUGGACACCAGAGAGAGGCCACUGGGUAAGGAGGAAGGUGGCUUUUCUCCGUUUGGUCUCGUUCUGUUGGUUUUCCAACUAAUCUGUGAAAUCUUUUUUUUUGGGGGGGGGGGGAGGACAGUUGGGAACAAGGGUCCAAAGGAAGGGAGAAGUAGUUUUGCACAACUAACAUAUGAAAUGGGCACAAACGUCCAACUGCACUCAGCAGGUAAGGCUUUCUGAAAGGCCCAUCUGUCAUUAGAGAUGCCCUGUUUCACCUGUGAGAGAAGCAGCCACUCCUGGCAUCCUGCUUACGUUUUUUCUCUUGCAGGAGACAGAAUGAUGCUGGCAAAACCUCCUGAUCCAUCUUUUCAUGGGGGCAGAAGAGAAACAGCGGCUGUGGAACCAGAUCAGGUCAGGGGAAGCUGCCUUGUGGGGACAGAGGCUGAGGGAUGGAGCAAUGUCAUGGACUGGUUGGGCACAGAGGAAUGGUGGGAGGAAGCAGCUGGGGAACCAGGAAGAGAAGAUGGCUCAGAGCCCAAGGAGUGAAGGUGGAGGAAGGAUGAGCGGUCAGAUGGAGAAACCUGGGAAGAGGAGGCGUCAGAGGCUGAAGGGGUAACAGGGCUUAGUGAGCUGGGAGGCUUUGAGGCAGAAUGCAGUCCAGAAUCGGAGGCAGAAGAGGAAGGAGGCAAGUGGGAGGAGGGAGGUUGAGAGGCAGAGGUGAGUCAGGAGAAGGAGGAGCCACCGGGGGCUCCCUCUCCAUCUGCCAGAAGCCACCCUCCCUGCUUGUCUCUCUGAGCCAGGAGUUGUCUGACAAUGGAGGAGCAAAGGCAGGCUGCAUACUGACGCACUGUUCAAUCGCUUGCCAGAAACCUCAGAGAGGAGGGGGCUUGGAAAGCUGGGGAAUCGGGGGACUUCACUCUUGGCAACUGCUUUUGUGGGGGAAGACCCUGACAUGGAAUUCGACUCAGUAUUGAUCCAGAGCAGAACUCCAGUGUAUAGUUAGCAGAGUGAAAUCUUAAAGACGUUGCAGGAUUCCCCAAAAUAGACCAGAGGCAAUUGUAUUUCAUCCGGCGGAGUUUUACUGCUACUGAAGGCAAAUGAGCAUAAUGGUCCCAAAUCCAAAACAUUCAGGAUUGGCCCUGUCCAUAAAAAAUCCAGUUGCAGACUUAACUGAAAUUUCCCACAACUUAUAAUAAGUUUAAACCUCAACACUCAGCAUACUAUGUACAGAACACCUGAAGGAAGAGAGAGAGAGAGAGAGAGAGAAACCCGGGCUCCUUCUGGCCUCUUCUUAUAGUCAGCAUGACCUUGACAGAAGAGAGAACAGAGCCACUUUAACCCAGCUGUACUUAGCUUCUCUGAAGGAAUAACCCAAACACCAGGAACCUUCUGCUUGUUUCUUUUACGCAGAGAAGCUUCCAGAACCCUCUUGAAUUAAUUAGCAUUGUUGUUGUUGUUUAGUCAUUUACAGUGGUGCCCCGUAAGACGAAUGCCUCGCAAGACGAAAAACUCGCUAGACGAAAGAGUUUUCCUUUUUUGAGUCAUUCCGCAAGACGAAUUUCCCUAUGGGCUUGCUUCGCAAGACGAAACGUCUUGCGAGUUCUUGCGAGUUUGUUUCCUUUCUUUUAAAGCCGCUAAGCCGCUAAUAGCCGUGCUUCGCAAGACGAAAAAACCGCAAGACGAAGAGACUCGCGGAACGGAUUAAUUUCGUCUUGCGAGGCUCCACUGUAGUCGUGUCCGACUCUUCCUGACCCCCUGGACCAGAGCACGCCAGGCACUUCUGUCUUCCACUGCCUCCCGCAGUAUGGUCAAACUCAUGCUGGUAGCUUCGAGAACACUGUCCCACCAUCUCGUCCUCUGUUGUCCCCUUCUCCUUGUGCCCUCCAUCUUUCCCAGCAUCAGGGUCUUUUCCAGGGAGUCUUCUCUUCCCAUGAGGUGGCCAAAGUAUUGGAGCCUCAGCUUCAGGAUCUGUCCUUCCAGUGAGCACUCAGGGCUGAUUUCCUUAAGAAUGGAUAGGUUUGAUCUUCUUGCAGUCCAUGGGACUCUCAAGUGUCUCCUCCAGCACCAGAAUUCAAAAGCAUCAAUUCUUCGGCAAUCAGCCUUCUUUAUGGUCCAGCUCUCACUUCCAUACAUCACGACUGGGAAAACCAUGGCUUUUACUAUACGGAUCUUUCUUGGUGUAAUGGAUUUAGGGGUUGCUCGUGCGUAAGUUGCCGCCACUGCUGGCGAGGUUACCUGGUUAAACCCUUUCUGACUGAACAGCCUCCAGCAUCGUGACUGUCUCAGUCGCUGGCAGAAUCCGUCAGUGGGCGUUUCUUAAACCUUUUCCAGCAUAAAAGUUGUUUGGCCUUAAGUCUCCUCCUACUCUCCCUGCGCGGAAGUCUUCUGCGCAGGGAGGGUGUGGGCAGCGAAGUACCCGUACUCUCUCCGCUGGUCUCCGGCGAGGAGUCUUGGAGCCUCCUCUUCGAUUCCCCCAUCAGCCCCCCUUCUCCACUGGUGUUACACUGAUUUCCUUCCCCAGCAGAUGGGCUGGCUCUAUCCCUACUGGGGCCCUCUCCUGCAUCCCUCUGGAGCCUUCCCUCCGCCUCUAGCUCCGAUGACAGUUCCCUGACAGUUGGCAAGGUGAUGUCUCUACUUUUUAAGAUGCUGUCUAGGUUUGUCAUUGCUUUUCUCCCAAGAAGCAGGCGCCUUUUAAUUUUGUGACUGCUGUCACCAUCUGCAGUGAUCAUGGAGCCCAAGAAAGUAAAAUCUCUUACUGCCUCCAUUUCUUCCCCUUCUAUUUGCCAGGAGAUGAUGGGACCAGUGGCCAUGAUCUUCAUUUUUUGAUGUUGAGCUUCAAACCAUAUUUUGCGCUCUCCUCUUUCACCCUCAUUGAAAGGUUCUUUAAUUCCUCCUCACCUUCUGCCAUCAAUGUUGUGUCAUUUGCAUAUCUGAGGUUGUUGAUAUUUCUUCCGGCAAUCUUAAUUCCGGCUAGGGAUUCAUCCAGUCCAGCCUUUCGCAUGAUGAAUUCUGCAUAUAAGUUAAAUAAGCAGGGAGACAAUAUACAGCCUUGUCAUACUCCUUUAUAGGAAAUAUCAAUAUCAGAGCCGUACUUUCUGCACUAAGAAAUGCAAAGUGACAGACCCUCCGGGAAUGAGCUGCUCUUCUCAUUAGGCCUGAAACUCAGCCAAGUCUGUGAAUGUCGUGUUCUUGCUGAUAAAGAGUUAACUCCAGCUGUGAACUAUGGUAUUUCCUUCCCAUAUAACACUGUGACACCAGCCUUCUGAAUGCCACCUGUAGGAUUCAUCUGUAGUUGCAGUUUUCAUGGAAUCCUAGAGUUGAAAGGGACCCCAAGAGUCAUCAAGUCCAACCCCCUGCACUGCAGGAGUCUCAGCUAGAUCAUCCAAGACAGAUGGCCAUCCUAACUAGGCUUAUUGUAUUUCUAGAUUGAUCACUGAGUGCUAAAAUAGGCUUCUAAGCGGUGGAUAGAUGAGAACAAAUAGAGGCCAGGAUUCUCCUAGCCAGCCCCAUCUGAUGCGAAAUAUAGCCUGCCCCCCACUCCUCUCCCUCUCCAAGCCCCCAUGAACCCCUUGAAUUUGGCUCUAGGGCACUGGGAGGGAACCUCCCCAGAACAGCACACGAGGAGAGGGGAAAGUGGAUCCUUCCAUCGGGGAAACUGGAAUGCUUGCGUAGGCAGAAUAAUGUAAACAUAAGCUGGAGUACCGACUUCCGGGGAGGCGCCUCUGGCAAUGGCUGGAUUCCUCUGAUCGGGAGGAAUCAGCUCCGUGGAAAUCUGGGUCUGGCCGCCACGGCGAAGGCGGAGACCCGUUAAAAAUCACAGGUGGGAGAAGCCUGUGAGCAUGGGAUUUGGCGGGCACCCUUUGCGCCUCCUCCACUCGCAGGGAAACCCGGUUUCGGGGAUCUGGAGCGACGUGGGGUGAGCGGCGCGGUGCUUCGAAUCAUCUGCUUCUUCCACGGAGCGAAGCCGCAUAGCUGUUGUCGGAGAGCGCUGACUUUUUCCUGUGGACAAUUUGACUCUAAAGUAACUACCCGUGAGUAGAGCUUAAUUGGGAAAAUUGGAUUUAUUUUUUUUUUUAAAAAGUCUAAUUUGGCAUCGAAACGGGGAAGGUUCAAUACAGGAAGUCCGCCUUCCCCUUUUGUAAAUAGACUGAAGCAACUGAGGCUGCAAGCUGAAGUCUUGGAAAGUCUUUUGCAAAAGACUAAAUUUCCAUAAGUAAAAAAUAUAAUCCCCCCCUUGGAGGCAGGAGAAGAGGGGGGAGGGAAGUUGUCAACUGAGUUUGCCUGCGGAAGAGACCAAGAGAGGUAAAACACCGCCGCUUGGACCUGGGAACGGGCUGCUAGAAGGUCCAACGUUUUGGUGAGACGUUUAUUGACAGUUCUUGGAGCGUGUUGACAGCUAGCAUAAGAGAAGAUACAUUGUUUCUACUGUUUCCAGCAGUGAAAGUAACUGAAAAUUGAAUUUAGUUUUGGGUCGUUUGAACUGUGCUUUAAGAGGAUAUUACUUAUCAAUACAAAUAGAAACGGUUUCGCUCUAGUGGAAGUUCUUGAAACGGGCGGCUACAUAAGAUCUGGGCUGGGAAAUUUUCAGUUGUAAGAUAAAAACCGUGAGAUUGUGAGUUGACCUUGAAUCUAUUGAGUGUUAUGGCAGAUGCGAAAGACGGAAUGUCGCCAGAAGAGGCCUUAGUGAUUGUACUAGUGAAAAUAAAUGAUUUGCUGGAACAGCUUCAUAAGAAAAUGGAUGUGAUAAAUAUGAAAGUGGAUGCUGCAAAUAUUAAAAAUGAUUUAAUGGUAGAAAGUCUAAAUAACCUGGGACAAAAGGUGAAUAUUAAUACAGAAACCACCCAGAAAUUGAUACAGGAAUCUAUCCUGAUACGGCAAACUGCGGAUGAAGUUAAGGAGAAAACCCUCGCUGCUGAAGUCAAAGUAAUUCAACUGGAGAGAGAGAGAGAGUCCCAUCCAUACAAGGACGAUUUGAUGAAUACGAGCUGACACCUGAUAUGACUGACGUAAAGAGAAACAGAUGAAAUUGAGGAUCAGAGCCCUACCCGAGGAAAAGGAAACCUUGAUAGAGUUUCAGGAGGAGAUAGGACUAACAUUGGUUGAGAAAGAGAGGUAUUGGGGGGUUAGUAUGACCGCCAGAAAUGUGAAUUUGUUCAAGGGCAACUGUGAAGGACGUUGGCUUGAAGAGAAGGGGGAUUUGGAAAUAGGGCUAAAUUGGAAGUUGCUAUUGUUGGGCCGAGUUGCUGUGGUGGGGACGAGGGUUGCAGUGAGGUAGGGGAUGUUGCUUUUGUUUCAAACAUUGCAAGUUUUGGAUGGGAGGGAUUGUUUCAGGAGGUGGCAGAGGGAUGUUUCUACAUCUGUAUGGCAGGGCAGGAAGCCUCGAGUAAAAUUUACGAUAUUAACGGAUGCUAAAGAAGGAGGUGGACUUGCCCUGCCAGACCCCUAAAUUUUGUUGUGAAUCGUCUGCUUUUGCUGGCUGAGAGAAUCGGCAGAAUCCGAGACCAGGGAGAAGAGCUGGUGGAAGAAGACUGGAAGUUUAAAGACUAUUUAUAGAAAUAUUGCAAAAUUAAUGAAUGUUAGAACAAAGUGGGAAUGAAGUUAUAUGGCUUUAGCAGAAAUGUUAUAAUGUUAUAAGGAAUUAAGUAUAAAUAGAUUAAUUGAGCAUUAAAGGGAAUAAAAUAAGGUUAGAAUGUGUUAAGAUAAUUAUAGGAUAGAAAACAGAGGAAGAUGGAAAGGAAUUGCUGAAAUAAUUAAUUGAUGUGGAAUACAAAAAGGGAGGUGUGAGGAAGUUGUGGAAAUAAGCGAAAGAAAGAUAUGACAUUGAAAUUGUUUAAAAUGGUCUUUGUUUUAUUUGUCUUGCAUUGUAUUGUGUUGUUUUUUGUUUGUUCUUUCUUUUUGCUUCUUUGCUUUGUUUCUUUUUUGUGUGUGUAACUUUUAAACUCUUAAUAAAUAUUUUUUUUUAAAAAAAACAUAAGCUGGAGUACCACCUAUUUGCAAAAAGACGAAUACCCAUAGUUAAAAUGCAGAAUAAAAGAAUUCAAUUAAAGCGUUAAAAUAGGUACCCAUAAUUAAAAUGUGCAGCAAAGCAAUCCUAUUGAAAUAACACAGCAGAAUUAGAUAAACUAACAGGAAGGAUUCAAAACCGGCGAGACCAGAAAUUCACGGAAGACUGGAGUAAACUGAAAAGUAAUUGUGAAGAACAGACGACGUUUGUAGGGUUGCAAGAAGUUUUGUGAGGAGUAUUAUUAGAAGUAUGGGAAAAAUGGACAAGGGGGAGAAUGAUUUGUUAAGAGAUGUAAAGGCAAUAUAAAGUUAAGAAAUGCAUAAGAAGUGGUUAAAAUGGUGGAUCAUCAGAGGUGCUGAUGGAAGUCUAAAAAGAUUGUAUAAGUGAUAAGUUUUGUGGUACAUUUUAUAAUUUAUUAGUUAAAAUUAUAUAUAUAUAUAUAUAUAUAUAUAUAUAUAUAUAUAUAACGCAGCAAUUAACAGGAAGGAAACAACAGAGCAUUGUGUAGCAGAUCAUAUUUCUGCUGUCUCAGAGGAGGACAUUUCCCUUUUUCUUUCAGGGUCCAGUGUGCUUUGAAGAUGUUGCUGUUCGUUUCACGGACGAGGAGUGGGCGUUGCUGGAUCCUGACCAGAGAGCUCUGCAUAAGGACGUCAUGGAGGAGAAUCGUGGGAUCGUGGCCUCUCUUGGUAAGGCUCCCUGUGGGAUCGUCCUAUCUGCCUGGAAAUUCAAAAAAUACCUCUAUGUAACAAACCUCAUACAUUUCCACAGAGCUCAGCAGCGCCCCCUAUAACGCCUGGGAACCUAACACCCUCACAAGAAAUAGUAAAUUACAGUUUUUUCUGUCAAAAAUCUUCCUCCAGUUCUGCCUUUUUAUACCAUGAUUCGGCUGAUCUGAACUGCCCAGGCAUCUUAAAUGUCACCUUCAGAGUUGUUAGGAAAGAUAAGUAGCUUCUGUCAGGUUUUCUGUUUUUGAUUUUGCUGCUGUCAGUCUUGGGUUGACCAGAGAGACGACUGACAUUGGCGAUGGAGGGGAUGCCAUGACUGGGCCAAACAAAAUCCGUCCCAGAGAAGAGACAGGCUUAUUGAAUCUCAGGGAGCACUAGCAGUGAUAAUAAUAGUAAUAAUUUUUAUUUAUCCCCUGCCCAUCUGACUGGGUUGCCCCAUCCACUCUGGAUGGCUUCCAACACAUACAUACACAUGAAACAUUAAUAAUAACCAUCUGAUCCCAUAUAAAAAUACAUUAACUUUAAAUGAACAACUUAUACUAGUGGCUAAAAUCGUGAAACUUUUAAAAAGUGUGUUUCCGAGGUUUGAUGGCUCAUAACACCACUUUUUGGGGGAGGAAAGAUAAUUUAAUGAAGAAUGCAGUGCAAUAACUUUUAUGAAGGAGUAUUUAUUAGAACAACAGUCAUAAAAAAGAAAUGUGAAACACAUGGAAAAAGAAGAUAUACAGAAAUUUUCACCAUGUCAAUUAAUACUGACUUUGGUAACCUUUAGCUUUAAUUCCUGCCUUACAAUGCCUUCCCAUGGAGUGAAGCAAGUUUUUUAGUUCUGCAGCUGUGAAACAAAGAUGGAAUUAUUAUUAUUAUUAAUAAUAAUAAUAAUAAUAAAUUUUUAUUUAUACCCUGGCCUCCCCAGCCAAGACCGGGCUCAGGGUGGCUAACAACCAGUAAUAAAAACAAGUUGAUUCAUAUACAAUUUAAAAGAUUAAGAUACAACAUUAAAACAUUAGGAUGCAGCCUCUUCACGGGAGGAGAAAGGAAAAAGAAAGAGGGGGAGGGAAUCAAACUGAUUCUAAGCCAAAGGCCAGGUGGAACAACUCUGUCUUACAGGCCCUGCGGAAAGAAAUCAGAUCCUGCAGGGCCCUGGUCUCAUGAGACAGAGCAUUCCACCAGGCCGGAGCCAGUGCUGAAAAGGCCCUGGCUCUGGUUGAGAGCUAAUCUAACUUCCUUAGGGCCCAGGACCUCUAGGGUGUUGCUAUAUAUGGACCUUAAGGUCCUCCGGGCUUUAAAGGUCAAAAGCAGCACCUUAAAUCUGACCCUGUACUCCACCGGGAGCCAGUGCAGCUGGAAAAGCACUGGGUGAAUAUGCUCCCAUGGCAGAGACCCCGUGAGGAGCCUCGCUGCAGCAUUCUGCACCCGCUGGAGUUACUGGGACAGCUUCAAGGGAGCCCUGCGUGAGCGAAUUGCAGUAGUCAAGCCUGGAGAUGACCGUCGCAUGGAUCACUGUGGCCAGGUCAGGGCGGGAGAGGUAAGGGACCAACUGCUUGAUGCGGCAAAGGUGGGAAAAUGUCGCCUUGGCUGUUGUAACCUGCGCCUCCAUGGAAAGGGAGGCGUCAAGGAUUACACCCAAACUCUUAACGGAAGGCAAUGGCAAGAGAAGGGAGUUGGUCCCUCAUCCCCUCAUUUCGCUUGGGCUAUUCCCAGGCCAUUCCAGCGGUGGAAUAAGAUUUCCCAUUCAGAACGCUUCAGUUCAGGUUCAAGUAUUUGAUUUAUGUGUUUGGGGGCAUUGACGUUCCCAUUAAUGACACUGCUGCUGCUGCUGCUGCUGCUGCACCAUGAGUGUUGGGGAAGGCCGCUCCCUCCUUAGGCUAAUUCCACCUGGCCUAGGGGCCCCACACUCACCUCCGCCACAGCCUUAAGGACACUGGUGCUGCUGCAGAAAAUGUUAAAAAUGUUUUUAUAUAUUUUAAAGUGUUUUAAAGGUGUUUUUACUUUUACUUUGUUGUACCACCAUGAACAGUGGUUUUUAUUUAUGUAUUUUUAUUUUGUUCCGUUUUAUUUUGAUUUGGGGUUGUAUAUUGAGUGGGGUGGGGACUGGUUUUGUUUGGUAUAAUUGUUUGUGGUUUGUUUUGUUUUUCUAUUUGGUAAAUGGAGGCUAGUAUGAGGCUUGGGAUUGCUACCGUGGAGGGGCGAGGGAGGUAUGGCAGUGGGGGCAGAUGUUAUAGGCGAAGGGGAUCGAGAUACGGAUAUGCUUGUACUUCCAAUCUGCGCCCCAUCCUGAGGGACGAGGGUAGGGUGAGCAAGGGUUACUCACCUCCGUCACUGGUGUUGUGCAAUGCCAGGUCUAUAGGCAAUAAAACCGCCACCCUGCGAGAUUUCUUUACCUCGCAGGGGGUCGACCUGGCUUGUGUGACGGAGACCUGGGUGUGCGAAGGGGAAACUGUUACCUUAUGAGAGAUGGCGCCCCCGGGUUUCUCUGUCCUCUGGCUGGGACGGGACAAUAUGGGAUUGAGGGGGCAACUCCCAUCUCUUUCGGGGGUGCAAUUAGUGCCAGCACCGGACUUCCGGGGUGGCGCCAUCAGUAAUGGCGGAUUCCCUCUGACUCGGAGGGGACUGGCUCUGUGGAAAUCGGGUCUGCACCGCUAUGGCGAAGCGGGGACCCUUCAAAAAUCACAGGCGGGUGAAGCCUGUGACCGUGGGACUUGGCGGGCACCUUUUGCGCCCCCCCAACUUGCAAACGAGCCCAAUUACGGGUUCCGGAGCGGAGCGGGGAAGUGGCGCGGUGCUGUGAGUCAACUGCUUCUUCCGUGGAGCGAAGCCGCAUAGCCGUUACCGGAGAGCGCUGCCUUUUUCCUGGGACAAUUUGGCUGCAAAACAACGAUCUGUGAGUAGGCUAAUUUCGGAAACAAAGGAACUAAGAAAUAAUUCGGCACCGAAGCGGAGAGGCAUAAACAGGAAGUCUGCCUUCCGUUCUUUGUAAAUGGAGUAAAGCAAUGAACUUGUAAGCGGAAACCUCGAAAGACAUUGGAAAAGGAUUACAAUUCUAACAUCAAAUAAGCGAUUUCCCCCCCUUAAUUGCAGGGGAGGAGGGGGGAAAGGUCUGAACUGUAUUUCCCUGCAAAAAGAGAGAAAAGGAAGCUAAAAUCCACCGCUUAAAACCUGGGAACGGGUUGCCAGUGAACAGUAAGAAUGCCGUAUUGUGAAAUGCGCUGCUGCUGAAAGUACUCUUUGACAGUUAACUCUGCAAGUGAGAUACAAGUAAGAUACAAUAUUUCUGGCUGGCUUCUCCUGGUUUUAAAGUAACUGAAAACAAUUGAGAUUGAAACUGUCGUCCUUUUUGUGAAUUGGGGGGCUAAAGGAAAAAAGGUUAAUUACUUUAAGACAAUAAUUUCUGACUGCUACUGUGUCCCCCUAGAGGAAGUUUGAAAUUGUUACAAUAGUAGCUGGGCCAGGGGAAUUUUCCACUUCAAAACAAAUUCUGAUCGUGAGACUGACCUUGGGCCUUAUCUAGAGUGUUAUGGCAGAUGGAAAGGAGAAAAUAGAUUUGUUACAGGAAAAAACAACGAGGUCUGGCAGAUUAUUUCGUACAGACGGUGGGCUGCAGCGAAGAGCAUCGACAUCUGGUCCUUCUGGAUUACCAACAGGAGCCUCAUCGGCACAACCUAAACCCAAAGGAAUGGCAUCUGAAGAUGCUUUGGCUCAGGCACUAGGUAAAAUUAAUGAAUCUUUGGAAAGAAUAAGUAAACAAGUAGCUGAAGCAUCGGGCAAAAUUGACCAAAAUACCACAAGUAUUAAUAAUUUGGGACAGAAGGUUAAUACCAACACAGAAACUAUUCAGAAAUUACUACAGGAAUCUACCUCGACACGAAAGACAGCUGAAGAGGCAAAGGAAAUAGCAACUGCUGUAGAAGAGAAGAUACCACCGAUACACAAACAACUUGAAGACCACAGGUCAAUAUUGUCUAUGACUGAGUUGAAGGAGAAGCAAACGAAUUUGAGGAUCAGGGCUGUACCUGAACUUGAGAAAGACAAUCUGGCUGACUUUCUUAUGCAGGAAUUUGCAGACUUUGGGGACCUAGAUUUGGAGAAGGAAGGUUUCAAGAUAGUGAGUGCUUUCAGGCUUGGAAGAGGAGGGAAGAAGAACAGGGUGAGAGACUGUUUGAUCACCCUCCGAACAAAAGAGGAGAGAGACAAAAUCUUGAGUCUGCAUUUCCAGAAGACUUUGGAAAUCCAUCAGUCAAAAGUGGAGAUAUUUAAGGACAUUCCGAAAUAUCUUCUGGACCUUAGGUCGCCCUGUUGAGAAGCAACGGAAUCAUUUUUAGUUGGGAAUUCCCCCAAGGCCUAUCCUUUAGUUACAAAGGGAAGAAGAUAAAAAUAAGAUCAGAGGAUGACAAAGAUAGAUUUUGGAGAGACCAUGGAGAAGACCUGCAGAAGGAAGCUGCAGAAGAGUUAAGAGCACUAGUAAGUGAAACUUUAGACAUACCAAGAUUACCUCCUGAACUAAAAGACCGCCUGGAGAAGGUGAUACCACCGACAGAUCAGGAACAGGCACUGGGUGCAGUUGGAGGAGAAGCAAAGUAACUACAUCAUGGCUCUGCAACUAUUAAGCUGGAAUUGUAAUGGUCUGAACUUUCCAAAUUUCCCCCUUUUCCCUCAAGUUAAGGGGGGGAAAGUCCUGGUUAGAUGAUUGGAUUAAAAUCCGUUUAUGCGUCUUUUUCUAAGCUUCCGCUUUCAAGUUCAAUGCUUUGUUUUAUCUACAACGGAGAGAGGCAGACUUCCUUUUUAUACCUCUCCGCUUUCGGCCGAAUUCCCUUUAAAUUUGUACAGUUCCAAUUGCAUAAAAUCCUACUCACGGAUCGUUGAUUUUCAGAGCCAAAUUUUCAAGAAAGAAAGGCAGUGCUCUCCGGUCACAGCUCGCGGCUUCACUCCACAGAAGAAGCAAACAGCCCACAGCACAGCGCUCCUUCCCCCGCUCCGAUUCUGAGCCCGUUGCCGGGCUCUUUCACAGGUUGGGGGGGGCGCCAAACGUGCCCGCUGGGUCCCAAGUUCACAGGCUUCCCCCGCCUGUGAUUUCAAGGGUCCCCCGCUAUGCCGAAGCGGGAUCCGACCCUGUUUUCUGCAGAGCGAUUUCCUCCAAACCGAGGAAAUCCGCCAUUAACCGAUGGCGCCACCUCCGGAAGUGUUAAUUAUGUUUCUCACAUUAUCCGACAAGUGUCUACCCGGGAGAAAGCCUGCUUAGUCUUUAUGAAUCUCUUCCAUUAACACUUUUUUUAGUCUUUUGGCCGAAAUGUCUGCAAAGAUUUUAUAAUCCACAUUAAGCAAUGAGAUGGGGCGGUAGUUCUUAAGUUGCGUCUUUUCAGUCUCUGUUUUCAGUACAAGUGUAAUAUAUGCUUCUUUCCACGACUCUGGUGCCCUUUUCCCACCCAUUAUUUCGUUACAGACUUCCUUCAAAGGUUGUACCAACCAUUCUUUUAAGGAUCUGUAAUAUUUAGAGGUCAGUCCAUCCGGUCCUGGAGAUUUACCUAGUUGCAUAUUCUGAAUGGCACCUUCUAUCACCUGUUCAGUUAUUUUAUAAUUCAACAUUGAUUUACUUUCCUGAGAGGUUUUUUGUAAUCCAUUUGUUUUCAAAAAUCGAUCUAAAUCAAUUUCUUUCUGUGGUCCUUGUGUAUAUAAUUGUUUAAAGUACCUCUGGAAAGAAUUUCUAAUCUCAGCUGGAUUCUGUAUAUUCCUUCCUUCCACUUCUAAAUUUGUAACUGUAUUUAAUUUUUGUCUUUUUUUUCAUUUGCCAAGCCAACAAUUUCCCACAUUUAUUAGCCGACUCAAAUGUUUUUUGUCUCAUUUGUUUGAUUUUCCAUUCUAUCUCCUGAUUCAUCAUUUUCAUAUAUUGUACUUGAUAUAAUUUUAUUUCUCUCAAAAUCUCUUGCGACUUAGGUUUUGCUCUCAAUUUCUUUUCACUUUCUUUUAUUUUCUCCAACAUUUUAUCCUUCUUCUCAUUUUGAAUUCUCUUCUUUAAUGCAUUCUGUUGUCUCAAGAACCCUCUCAUAACAGCUUUGCUAGCGUCCCAGAUUACUCUUUUUUCCACAUUGGUGUUCAUAUUUCUCUCAAAAUAGUCUCUCAAGGUUUUUUGGGCCUUUUUAUACACUUCUUCAUCUCUGAAUAAGGUGUCAUUCAUCCUCCAUCUGAAGGAACCAGUUGGUGUUAGUUUCAUCUCCAUCUUCACAGCAUUAUGGUCAGAGCAGGUUUUGGGCAGAUUUCCACUUUUCUUAUCUUUGGUGCCAUUUCUCUAGUUACCCAUAUUUGGUCAAUUCUUGUCCAUGUCAGUUUGGCUUCAGAGAAGAAGGUUCCCUCUCUGGCCAAGGGAUUCUUUGUUCUCCAAAUAUCAACUAAGUCCAAGUUGUCUGUCAUCUCAAAAAAAGUUUUCGGUAAUCUGCCGUCCUUAGUGACUACCUGUCUUUGUGCCUUAUCCAUGUGUGUAGAUACCACUCCAUUCAUGUCUCCCAUCAAAAUCACAUUAUAAUCCAAAUAGUCCAUCAAGGUCUCAUGCAACUUUUUAAAAAAUUCAGAUUUCCCCUCAUUUGGUGCAUAAACUCCUACUAUCAAAAAUUUCUCUCGUGUUUGAAUUUCAAUUGCCACAAAUCUUCCUUGGUCAUCUUUGAAGAUAAAUUUCGGUAAUAGUCUCUCCUUUGCAUAAAUCACAACCCCUCUUUUUUUAACUUUGUCCGAUGAAAUAAACUCCUGACCAAGUCUUCUAUUUAUCAACAAUUUCCUGUGUAAUCUUGUUAUAUGUGUUUCUUGUAAACAAAUUAAGUCCAAUUGUUCCUUUUUUAAUAUAUGAAAUACUGAUUUCCUUUUCUGGGGGGAAUUCAAACCAUGACAGUUCCAGGUUAAUAGUUGCAGGGCCAUGAUCCUCUUCCGUCGGUGGUAUCACUUUUUUCAGACGGUCUUUUAUUUCCAGAGAUAGUCCUGGUAUUUCUAAAGCUUCUCUUGCAGUUGUUCUUAACUCUCCUGUGGCUUUCUUUUGUAGGUCUUCUCCGUGGUCUCUCCAAAAUUUGUCUUUGUCGUCUUCCGAUCUUAUUUUCCUCUUCUUUCCUUUGUAACUAAAAGAUAGGCCUUGAGGAAAUUCCCACCUGAAAUUAAUCCUGUUACUUUUCAGCAAAGUAACCAAGUCUUCAUAGUUAGAUCUGAGAUCCAGAAGGUGUUUCGGAAUGUCCUUAAAUAUCUCCACUCUUGUCUGAUGUAUUUCCAGUGUCUUCUGGAAAUGCAAACCCAGGAUCUUAUCCCUCUCUUCUUUUGUUCAAAGAGUGAUCAAACAGUCUCUCACCUUCUUUUCUCCUCUUUUUCCAAGUCUGAAGGCGUUCACUAUUUUAAAACUGUCCUUUACCAAUUCUGAAUUCCAAAAGUCUAAAAAUUCCUGCGUAAGAAAUUCAGCUAAAUUGUCCUUCUCCACUUCAGGUACCGAUCUGACCCGUAAAUUCACUUGUUUUUCUUUCAACUCAAUCAUAGGGUUAACUUAUGAUCUUCCAAUUGUUUAUGUAACGGUGGUAUUUUCUCUUGAACCUCUUUAACCUCUGUAACGGACGCUGUAGCAAUUUCUUUAGCCUCCUCGGCAAUCUGACGUGUUGAGGCCGAUUCCUCUAAUAAUUUCUGAAUAGUCUCUGUAUUAGUAUUUACUUUCUGGCCCAAAUUAUUUAAACUUGCUGUAUUUUAAUUAAUACUUGUUGUAUUUUGAUUAAUACUUGUUGUGUUUUGAUCAAUCUUGUCUGAUGCCUCUGCUACUUGUCUACUUAUUCUAUCCAAAGAUUCAUUAAUUUUAGCCAAAACUUGAGCAAAGGAGUCAUCACUUGCCAUACCUUUAGUUUUAGGUUGUGCCGAUGGGGCUGCUAUUGGAACCCCAGAGGGACCAGAGGUCGAAGCUCCUCUUUGCAGUCCACCGUCUGUUCUCAAUACUCUGCCUGACCUUGUUGCUUGUAACGACUCUAAUUUCUCUUUUCCAUCUGCCAUACCCCUUUAGAUAAAACUCAAGGUCAGUCACGCAGUUAAGUUCAAAAUUGUUUUGAAGUGGAAAAUUCCAAAAGGGCCAUGUGGGAAAAUCCUCAGGCCAGCUGCAAUUGCAAUUGUAACUAGUUGUAACAAAUCCAAGUUCCUCUGGGGGACACUGUAACAGUCAUAAAGUUCUUAAAUACUUUACUUCUUCUUUAAGUCCCCCCAGUUUAUCAGGAAGAAAACAAUCUAUCUUAAACAGUUACUUUAAGACCAGGAGAUAUCUAUCCACAAUAUUGUAUCCAAAUUGUAUUUCCAGUGCAGGGCUAGCUGUCAAAGUAUAUUUAAAGACAGUACCUUUUCUCCAACUUCAAAUUGUCUCUGGGAAUCUGUUCCCGAGGGAUUGAGCGAUGAUUUUUAUCUUCUUUUUCUCACCUCUUCUUGAAGAAAUAACUUUCCACAAAUCUUCCUUGGUCAUCUUUAAAAAUAAAAUAAAUUUAAAAAUAAAUUUCGGUAAUAGUCUGUCCUUUGCAUAAAUCACAACUCCUCUUUUUUUUACUUUAUCCGAUGAAAUAAACUCCUGACCAAGUCUUUUAUUUAUCAAUAAUUUCCUGUGUAACCUUGUUAUAUGUGUUUCUUGUAGGCAAAUCAAGUCCAAUUGUUCCUUUUUAAUAAAUGAAACACAGAUUUCCUUCUCUGGGGAGAGUUCAAACCAUUACAAUUCCAACUUAGUAGUUGCAGGGCCAUGAUGUAAUUAUUUUGGUUCUCCUCCAACGGCACCCAGUGCCUGUUCCUGUUCCGUCGGUGGUAUCACGUUUCUCAGGCGGUCUUUUAGUUCCAGAGAUAGUCCUGGUGUGUCUAAAGUUUCUAUUGCCUUGGAUGUUGUUUUUGUUUCAAACAUUGCAGAUUUUGGACAAGAUGGACUGUUUCAAGAAAUGGCAGAGAGAUAUUUCGAGAUUUGUCUGGCAGGGCAAGAAGCCAAGAAUAAAAUUUAAGAUUUUAACUGAUGCUAAAGAAAGAGGGGGAUUUGCCCUGCCAGACCUCAAACGUUAUUAUGAAUCAGCCGCAUUUUGCUGGCUGAAAGAUUGGCUGCUUCUUGAAAACACGGACAUUUUGGAUUUAGAAGGUUUUGACAAUGUCUUUGGAUGGCAUGCAUAUUUAUGGUAUGACAAGGUUAAAGCACAUAAGGCCUUUAAGAACCAUAUUGUCAGGAAAGCAUUGUUUAAUGUCUGGGUGAGAUACAAGGAUUUGUUGGAAAGUAAAACACCAAGGUGGCUGUCACCAAUGGAGGCUAAGGCUCUGAAAAAAACUAAUAUGGAGACAAAUUGGCCAAAAUAUUGUGAAAUUUUAGAACAAGAUGGAGAUAAACUAAAGCUGCAGAGUUUUGACAAAUUAAAAACUAAAGUUCGAGACUGGCUUCAUUACUAUCAAAUAAGGGAGGCUUAUAAUUUAGAUAAAAAGAUUGGUUUCCAGGAGGAAAAAUCAAAAUUGGAAACAGAACUGUUAGAUCCUAAAACUAAGAAUUUAUCAAGAAUGUAUAACUUGCUGUUGAAAUGGAAUACACAGGAUGAAACAGUUAAAUCUGUUAUGAUUAAAUGGGCACAAGAUUUUGGACAUAAUAUUAUGUUUGCUGACUGGGAACAGUUAUGGACCACAGGUAUGAAAUUUACGGCUUGUAAUGCCUUAAGAGAAAAUAUAAUGAAAAUGAUUUACAGGUGGUACUUAACCCCAGUCAAGCUAGCAAAAAUCUAUCAUUUGCCAGAUAGUAAAUGUUGGAAAUGUAAAGAGACGGAGGGUACAUUUUUUCACCUUUGGUGGACAUGCCCAAGGAUUAAGGCUUUCUGGGAAAUGAUAUAUAAUGAACUGAAAAAGGUAUUUAAAUAUACCUUUCUGAAGAAACCAGAGGCCUUUCUUCUGGGCAUGGUCGGCCAAUUGGUGCGAAGGGAGGAUAGAACUUUUUUUAUGUAUGCUACAACAGCAGCAAGAAUACUCAUCGGGAAGUACUGGAAGACACAAGAAUUGCCUACCCGAGAAGAAUGGCAGAUGAAAGUGAUGGACUAUAUGGAACUGGCUGAGAUGACCGGCAGAAUUCGAGACCAGGGAGAAGGGUCGAUGGAAGAAGAUUGGAAAAAAUUCAAAAUAUAUCUUCAAAAGUAUUGCAAUAUAAAAGAAUGUUAGAAGGAGGUUGGAAAAAGAAUAUUAUGUCGUUCUGGUAGAUAUGAUAUAAUGGAAUAAGCAAAAAUGAGUUGAUGAAAUUGAUGAAAUAGAGGAGGUUUAAUUACAUUAUUUUAAUUUUAAAAUACGUAAAUGAAAAUAAGGUUAGAAGGAUUUGCUGGAAACACGAUCUGAACUAGAAUACAAAAUUGGGAGGUGAGAGGAGGUCAUGGAAAUAAGUAAAGGGAAAAGGUUAUGUAAAGGUUUAAUCUGCUUUUGUUUUAUCUUAACUUAAUGUAUUUUUAUAUUUUGUGUUAAGUUUUCUUUUUAUUCUAUCUUAUUGUGUUUUUUUACUUGUUUAUCUUUUGCACUCUUAUGUUCGAAGUUUUCUUUGUAUUUUGUAUGGUUUUCUUUUUCUUUUUUGUAACUUUAAAUUUGGAAUAAAUAUUAUUAAAAAAACAAAAAUAAAGUUUCUCUUACAAUUGCUCUUAACUCUCCUGUAACUUUCUUCUGUAGGUCUUCUCCUUGGUCUCUCCAAAAUUUGUCUUUGUCGUCUUCUGAUCUUAUUUUUAUCUUCUUUCCUUUGUAACUAAAGGAUAGGCCUUGAGGAAAUUCCCACCUAAAGAUAAUUCCGUUACUUCUCAACAGGGUAACCAGGUCUUUGUAGUUAAACCUGAGGUCCAGAAGAUGUUUCGGAAUAUCCUUAAAUAUCUCCACUUUUGACUGUUGUAUUUCCAAAGUCUUCUGGAAAUGCAAACUCAAAAUCUUGUCUCUCUCUUCUUUUGUUCGGAAGGUGAUCAAACAGUCUCUCACCCUGUUCUUUCUCCCUCCUUUUCCAAGUCUAAAAGCACUCACUAUUUUAAAACUAUCUUUCCCCAAAUCUGGGUUCCAAAAUCUAGGAAUUCCUGCGUAAGAAAUUCAACUAAAUUAUCUUUCUCCACUUCAGGUACAGCCCUGACCCUUAAGUUCACUUGUUUCUCCUUCAACUCGAUCAUAGACAGAAUUGACUUAUGGUCUUCAAGUUGUUUAUGUAGCGGUGGUAUCUUCUCUUGAACCACUGUAACAGUAGCUGUAGCAAUUUCUUUAGCCUCUUCGGCAAUCUUAUGUGUCGAAGCAGAUUCCUGUAAUAGUUUCUGAAUAGUUUCUGUAUUAGUAUUUACUUUCUGUCCCAGAUUAUUGACACUUGCCGUAUUUUGGUUAAUACUUGUCGUAUUUUGAUCAAUCUUAUCCGAUGCCUCGGCUACUUGUUUACUUAUUCUAUCCAAAGAUUCAUUAAUUUUAGCCAGUGCCUGAGCCAGGGCAUCGUCACUUGCCAUACCUUUAGUUUUAGGUUGUGCCGAUGAGGCUCCUGUUGGUAAUCCAGAAGGACCAGAUGUCGAAGCCCUCCUUUGCAAUCCACCGUCUGUGCGAAAUACUCUGCCAGACCUUGUUGCUUGUAACAAGUCUAUCUUCUCUUUCCCAUCUGCCAUAACCCUCUAGAUAAAACUCAAGGUCAGUCACACAGUCAGAGUCAAAGUUGUUUUGGAAUGGAAAGUUCCCAGGAAAUUGUUGUGGGAGAUUUCUCAGGCCAGCUGCAGUUGUAACUAGUUCCAAAUUCCACUAGGGGGACACUGUAACAGUCAUAAAGUUCUUAAAGUAAUUUACUUCUCCCUUUAGUCCCCCAAUUCACCAGAAAGAUAACAAUCUAUCUUAGGCUGUUACUUUAAGACCAGGCGAUACCUAUCAGCAAUAUUGUAACCAAGUUGUAUUUCAGAUGCAGAGCUAGCUGUCAAAAUACGUUCAAAGACAGUACAUUCUCUUAGGCUUCUUACUGACACUGGGAACCCGUUCCAGGGGUUUUGAGCGGUGGUUUUUGUCUCCUCUUCCUCUCUUUUUCUUAGGGAAAUAACGUUCAAGGCUUCCCCCCCUCCUCCCCCAAAUUGAGGGGGGGAAAUCACAGUUAGAAGAUCGGAUUGUAAUCCUUUUGCGCGUCUUUUAAAGCUUCCGCUUUCAAGUUCAGUGCUUUGUUCUAUUUACAAGAGCGGGAGGCAGACUUCCUUUUUAUACCUCUCCGCUUCGGCCAAUUACUUCCAAUUUUUGUACAGUUCCUUUAAUUACGAAGUUAUCCUACUCACGGAUCGUUGUUUUCGAAGCCAAAUUGUCAAGGAAAAAAGGCAGCACUCUCCGGCAACAGCUACGCGGCUUCACUCCACAGAAGAAGCAGACGACUCCCAGCACAGCGCCACUUCCCCGCUCUGUUCCGGAGCCCAUUGCCGGGUUCCUUUGCAGAUUGGGGGGGCGCAGACAGUGCCCGCCGAGUCCCAGGGCCACAGGCUUCCCCCGCCUGUGAUUUAAGGGGUCUCCGCUGCGCCGAAGCGGUAUCAGACCCUAUUUCUGUGGAGCGGGUUCCCUCCAGAUCAGAGGGAAUCCGCCAUUACCGUUGGCGCCAGCUCCGGAAGUCAGGGCUUUCUCGGCUGCAGCUCCAAUCUGGUGGAACGCUCUGUCACAAGAGACUAGGGCCCUGCAGGACCUGACAUCUUUCCGCAGGGCUUGCAAGACAGAGCUGUUCCACCAGGCCUUUGGUCAGGGCGCAGCCUGACUCCCUCCUCUGGCAAUCUGCACAGAAUUUUGCUUAACGGUUGCCAUUAAUUUGAUUUUAAUUAAUUUUUAUAAUGGAAUGUUUUUAGAAUGUGGGAUUAUUUGAUUGUUGUUAGCUGCCCUGAGCCCGGCUUCGGCUGGGGAGGGCGGGAUAUAAAUAAAAUUUAUUAUUAUUAUUAUUAUUAUUAUUAUUAUUAUUAUUAUUCUGCCCACACCUUUUGCUGUCAUACAACCCCAGAUCAUCACACUAUCUGGGUGUUUCACGGUCAGUGUAAUGCAAGUAGGAUGUAAAUCUCCGAUUCUCCUCCUCGCAUAUUUCAUGCCAUCACUACCAAGCAAGGAGAUUGGGGUCUGAUCACACCAAAUAACACUGUCCCAUUGUUCCGCUGUCUGGUUACCAUGGGUUUUAGCCCAGUUUAAUCUUUUCCACCUUGGCUUGAGAUAUAAUGUAAUGGAUUUAGGGGUUGCUCGUGCGUAAGUUGCCGCCACUGCUGGCGAGGUUACCUGGUUAAACCCUUUCUGACUGAACAGCCUCCAGCAUCCUGAACAGCCUCCAGCAUCGUGACUGUCUCAGUCGCUGGCAGAAUCCGUCAGUGGGCGUUUCUUGAACCUUUUCCAGCAUAAAAGUUGUUUGACGCCAAGUCUCCUCCUACUCUCCCUGCGCGGAAGUCUUCUGCGCAGGGAGGGUGUGGGCAGCGGAGUACCCGUACUCUCUCCGCUGGUCUCCGGCGAGGAGUCUUGGAGCCUCCUCUCCGAUUCCCCCAUCUGCCCCCCUUCUCCACUGGUGUUACGCUGAUUUCCUUCCCCAGCAGAUGGGCUGCCUCUCUCCCUACUGGGACCCUCUCCGGCAUCCCUCUGGAGCCUUCCCUCCGCCUCUAGCUCCGAUGGCAGUUCCCUGACAUAUAACAAUGGCUUUUUCCUUAGAAUUCUAGCAUUUAGACCAGUCCUUGCACUCAACUUCACCUUCCGUUGCCCCAUGUCAUCUUGUAAACACCCAGAUGAUUUUCUUCUGACAUGUGGGCACAGACUCUUCAUUCUUCGAUCAUCACUUCCUGUUGUGCACCUUUUCCUGCCUUUACCAGUCUGAUUUUGUAGUGACUGAGUCUCCUUAUGUUGUUCUUUAGUCGUUUAGUCCUGUCCGACUCUUUGUGACCCCAUGGACCAGAGCACGCCAGGCACUCCUGUCUUCCACUGCCUCCCGCAGUUUGGUCAAACUCAUGUUCAUAGCUUCGAGAACACUAUCCCACCACCUCGUCCUCUGUCGUCCCCUUCUCCUUGUGCCCUCCAUCUUUCCCAACAUCAGGGUCUUUUCCAGGGAGUCUUCUCUUCUCAUGAGGUGGCCAAAGUAUUGGAGCCUCAGCUUCAGGAUCUGUCCUCCCAGUGAGCACUCAGGGCCGAUUUCCUUCGGAAUGGAUAGGUUUGAUCUUCUUGCAGUGUAUGGGAGUCUCCUUAUACUUCUUCACAAAUAUAGAAAGGCCAGCUUUGGUUAAGUUUUCCUCAAUCUUUCUUCUUCUUUUUUCUUUUUAAAAAAUGAAUAUUUAUUGAAUUUUAUAACAAAUAAAAAUAUAUCAAUCAUCAUGUUAUAUACAAAUGUUCUCCCUCCCAUCCUCUGGACUUCCCUCAACUCCCCCUCUACUGAGUUAUUUGGUUUUAUUUAUUGCGUCCUGCUUUAUAUAAAAGUAAAUUCCCUUACCAUUUCUCUAAUUUGUCUGUUACUAUAAUAAAGUUGUGAACAUUUAUUCAGACCCUGCCAGUUGUUGUUUCUGCAAAUAACCUGUAAAUGGUUCCCAAACUUUUAAAAUCCUUUUUGUCCUUCUCUUGUAGUUUAUCUGUUAGCUUAGCCAAUUCUGCAUAAUUCAUCAGUUUUUCUUACCAGUGUUCUUUUGAUGGUAUUUCUUCCAUCUUCCAAUUUUGUGCAGUCAAGAUUCUUGCCGCUGUUGUUGUUGUUGUUGUUUAGUCGUUUAGUCGUGUCCGACUCUUUGUGACCCCAUGGACCAAAGCACGCCAGGCACUCCUGUCUUCCACUGCCUCCCGCAGUUUGGUCAAACUCAUGCUGGUAGCUUCGAGAACACUGUCCCACCAUCUCGUCCUCUGUCGUCCCCUUCUCCUUGUGCCCUCCACCUUUCCCAACAUCAGGGUCUUUUCCAGGGAGUCUUCUCUUCUCAUGAGGUGGCCAAAGUCUUGGAGCCUCAGUUUCAGGAUCUGUCCUUCCAGUGAGCACUCAGGGCUGAUUUCCUUCAGAAUAGAGAGGUUGGAUCUUCUUGCAGUCCAUGGCACUCUCAAGAGUCUCCUCCAGCACCAGAAUUCAAAAGCAUCCAUUCUUCGGCGAUCAGCCUUCUUGAUGGUCCAGCUCGCACUUCCAUACAUCACUACUGGGAAAACCACAGCUUUAACUAUACGGGCCUUUGUUGGCAAGGUGAUGUCUCUGCUUUUUAAGAUCCUGUCUAGGUUUGUCAUUGCUCUUCUCCCAAGAAGCAGGCGUCUUUUAAUUUUGUGACUGCUGUCACCAUCUGCAGUGAUCAUGGAGCCCAAGAAAGUAAAAUCUCUCACUGCCUCCAUUUCUUCCCCUAUUUGCCAGGAGGUGAUGGGCCCAGUAGCCAUGAUCUUCGUUUUUUUGAUGUUGAGCUUCAGACCAUAUUUUGCGCUCUCCUCUUUCACCCUCAUUAAAAGAGUUGUUGUAGCAUACAUAAAUAAUGUAUGCUAUAAAUAAUGUCCCUUUUUCUUUUGGCAGCUCUUGAUUUGAGAUACCUAACAGAAAGGCUUCAGGAUGUUUACCAAAGCUCAUUUUAAACAUUCUUUUCAGUUCAUUAUAUAUCAUUUCCCAAUAUUUUUUAAUGCAUUUGCAUUCCCACCACAUAUGAUAAAAUGUUCCUUUCUUUUCUUUACAUCUCCAGCAUCUCUUAUUUUCUUUCUUAAACAUCUUUGCCAUUUUCACUGAUGUGAUAUACCAUCUAUACAUCAUUUUCAUGUAAUUCUCUCUUAAUAAUAUACAAUCUGUAAAUUUUAUAUCAACUUUCCACAAUAUAACAUAACACACUGACAAAAGUCAAGCUAAGCAAGUUGUGCUUCCUUUUCUGGUUAUUCCGCUAUGACUUUUGAUAGAAUACAGAUAAUUACAUUCUUCAUUAAAUUAUCUUUCCAUUGAUACAUAAUUUUGUGGUAUUACUCUAAACGAAGUCGUGUUACGAAGCAUCAAACAUCUGAAAUAUACUAUUUUCCCAAAAGGCUUCCACAAUUUUGGCCACUACUGUAUAUCAAACAAAUCAACACUCAACAACCAUCAGAAUAUAUGAAUAAAAAUGUUGGUUAAUGACAACCAACAAAGGCAAUGAACAAAGACCCAACUCCCUUCAGUUCUUCUUGAUUUGUUCCUGAGGUUCUAAUCCCUUUUUUGUCUCCAUUGCAGAUUUUGAUGAAUUGGAAAACAAGAACAAGGAUGAACAUGACAAAACCCCUGGAGAGGAGAAGCCAUGCAAAAAUUUGGAAUGUGGAGAGAGCUGCAGUCAGAACUCCCAUUCCACUUCCCAACAAAGAAUUCUCAUUGGAAAGAAACCCUAUCAGUGCAUAGAAUGUGGAAAGAGCUUCAGUCAGAACUCCAAUCUCACUAAGCAUCAGAAAAUUCAUACAGGGGCGAAACCCUAUCAGUGCAUGGAAUGUGGAAAGACCUUCAGUCAGAGAGGCCAUCUCACUUCCCAUCAGAGAAUUCAUACAGGAGUGAAACCCUAUCAGUGCGUGGAAUGUGGAAAGAACUUCAGUCACAGCCACUGUCUCACUUCCCAUCAAAGAAUUCAUACAGGAGAGAAACCCUAUCAGUGUGUGGAAUGUGGAAAGAGCUUUAGUAUGAGCUACAAUCUCACUAAGCACCAGAGAAUUCAUACAGGGGAGAAACCCUAUCAGUGCGUGGAAUGUGAAAAGAGCUUCAGUACGAGUUCCCAUCUCACUUCCCAUCAGAGAAUUCAUACAGGGGAGAAACCCUAUCAGUGUGUGGAAUGUGGAAAGAGCUUCAGGCAGAAAGCUCAGCUCAUAUCCCAUCAAAGAAUUCAUACAGGGGAGAAACCCUAUCAGUGCAUGGAAUGUGGAAAGAGCUUUAGUAUGAGCUACAAUCUCACUAAGCACCAGAGAAUUCAUACAGGGGAGAAACCCUAUCAGUGCGUGGAAUGUGAAAAGAGCUUCAGUACGAGUUCCCAUCUCACUUCCCAUCAGAGAAUUCAUACAGGGGAGAAACCCUAUCAGUGUGUGGAAUGUGGAAAGAGCUUCAGUACGAGUUCCCAUCUCACUUCCCAUCAGAGAAUUCAUACAGGGGAGAAACCCUAUCAGUGUGUGGAAUGUGGAAAGAGCUUCAGGCAGAAAGCUCAGCUCAUAUCCCAUCAGAGAAUUCAUACAGGGGAGAAACCCUAUCAGUGCGUGGAAUGUGAAAAGAGCUUCAGUACGAGUUCCCAUCUCACUUCCCAUCAGAGAAUUCAUACAGGGGAGAAACCCUAUCAGUGUGUGGAAUGUGGAAAGAGUUUCAUCCAGAGAGCACAUCUGAAUACCCAUCAAAGAAUUCAUACAGGGGAGAAACAAUAUAAAUGCUUUGAAUGUGGAAAGAGCUUUAGUAAGAGCUGCACUCUCACUUCCCAUCAAAUAAUUCAUACAGGGGAGAAACCCUAUCAGUGUGUGGAAUGUGGAAAGAGCUUCAGUCAGAGCUCCAGUCUCACUUCCCAUCAAAGAAUUCAUACAGGGGAGAAACCUUAUCAGUGUGUGGAAUGUGGAAAGAGCUUCAGUCACAGCUCCAAUCUCACUAGGCAUCAGAGAAUUCAUGCAACGGUUGGAAAAACCAUUAUCCAGCUUUAGGAGCCAGGCAAAUCCGCACCUUGCUAACCAGGCCUUUGCCUGAUUGACAUCUAAUGCCCUUUUAAAAUGUGGUAGUGAGGGGGGUUACAGAUGUAUAUUUUGUGUUUUUAUGUUGUCUUUUUAUAUUGUAACCGUCCUGAGACAUGUGGGAACAGGAGUCGACUUUUAGAGGCUGAGGGAUUUUGCCCCAAUGAUAUAUUUGAGGGGGCCACCCCCCCCAGUUGGUAGGCAUCGCCAUUCCAAUGCCCUUUAUGCAUCAUGUGAUUGAUUGUGCAAGGCAGGCCUUACCUGGCCCCUUCCUCCAAUAUUUUAUUCAAGUUGGCAC